AUGGCGGAAAACAAAGGAGGAGGAGGCGGCGGUGGCGGGGAGGGGGCUGGGGAGGCCGGGCAGGCCGGGGGUGGUACCGAGUCUGUCACCUCCGCCGCGGCGGCCGUUGUCACCUCAGCCGCGGCGGCCGUUGCGUCCCCGUCCCCUCCAGCCCCCGCCGCGCCCGAGGAGAGGGAGAGUCCCGGCGCGGUGGUCCUGGCUGUGGCGGCGGUGGCAGACAAGGGCCCCGGGGAGGCGGAGGCCGCGGCGCCCGUGUUGGUGAGCGUAGGCCCGGCGCCGGGCCCCGUGCCGCUGGCUCCGCUGGGCCCCAGCCCCGCGCCCCCCGCCCUCUCCAGCGCCGCGCCGGGCCCGCUGUCGCUGCUGGACACCUGCGCAGUGUGCGCGCAGAGCCUGCAGAGCCGGGAGGCCGAGCCGAAGCUGCUGCCCUGCCUGCACUCCUUCUGCCGGCGCUGCCUGCCGGAGCCCGAGCGCCAGCUGAACGUGCCCGUGCCCGGCGGCGCCAACGGGGACAUCCAGCAGGGUGAGUGGGGAGGCUCCGGGCAUGGGCGGAGGUCCAGCUGGGGACCCGCUGGAUGCCCCGCUGCCUGGGGGGGACCCGGCCGGAGGAGUCGGGCCAGGUUGCUAGGCGCCCCGUUACUAAGCUGCGACAGCUCUGGCUCGAGUCGGGACUGUGGGGUGUGGAGGGUGAAGACCAGAAGCCCGGUUCUCCUGAGAGGCUGCGGGGAAAGGGGGCGGAAAGCAAGCAAGGGCAAGGUGGAUAGAGCUAUAGGAAGAAGAUCCACGGAAAUAGAGAUUAGGAAGUGAUGUGUUGCUGGUGAUGUUGAGUAGCGAGGACCGAUAUGCUGGAGUUACCCUAGACGGUCUUUUUCCUUGCAGAUGUUGUGGUGCACUUGUUGGUUUACAGGAGGGAGACGGCGGGUUCGCAGCAUCAGGGCCAUGCACUGAAGAAUAUUAUGUGUACAGUAUCUUAAAUUCUAGACAGUCAGCUGUAGAGAGAGCACGUUGAAUCAGUUGUACAGAAAAGAAAUUAGGAUCUCCAGCCACUCUUUUAAAAGCAGUUAAGUAAGAAUAUUAAUAACUGGAGAUGGUACUCUUGCUACUCUAUGCAAUACAGUUUAUGACGUGAUGAAAGGUUUGUCAAACUUGGCUGGAUUUAUCAUUUGUAAUAAUGCAUUCUCCUUCGAGGAAAUUGCCCUCGUGUUACUCUAGGUUUUGCAGCAGUUCUCAAUCUCUCUCUCUAGCUGUGAUGUAGGUUUUCUGGAAAAGAAUUGAAAUUAGGGGAAUUUGCAUAUGGCAACUUAAAUCAGAACUUUUAAAUGCCUGAGAUCUAACGUAGAAUGCUUGUUUUACUUAGUAAACAAAGCUAAAAGCAUUGAAUGCCAAGUUUGCCUAAUAGUGUAUUUGGCACCCAUUUGUUAUUACUAAUCAACUUUUGAAACGCUAAAUGUUCUGCAGAAAAAUAAAGCGUUGGAAACUUUUCUGAUUUGGAGAAUUUUCUGCUUCACAUCACGUCUCUUUAGUAAUGCUAGGUGCCCCUUCUUCUGAACCUGUUUUCAAUAUAUCAUUGUACGCCACCCCAAUCUCUGAGCAGUGCAAGAUUCCAGGGGUUGCAGGUGCUCACCCAAUGUUUGUGUUUCCUUUUGGAAAUGAGGCACAGUGGAGACUGUGGUGUCUUAGUGACAUGGUUUAUUUACACAUAUAUGCAACCUGAGCCUACAAUGGACAGGUUCACAGUAUUGAACACCCCAAAAGGGUCUUGUUUCUCUAUAACCACAGUAUUGGAUUCAAGCAGGCAUUAAACAUUGCUCUUGGACUCUCUCCCCCCAUCAUAUCACUGAUUUCCUCACCUCUCUACUCUAAACUCUGGCUUUAUAUUUUGCUGGUGGGUGCCUCCACCCAUUUGCUAUCUCCAAGGAGCCCCUUGAUCGUUUGUUUUCUUAAUAACCCAUCCAGGAGAUCUCCUCUGCACAGGAAGGUAGCUUGGCUUAAUUAGCUGUUAACAAUUGCUGGAUCUAGGGAUUAGAUGUGUCCGGCCCUCAGUUUAACACCCCAAGAGUUGAUUAAAUUCUAACACUUUCUGGAUCCAUGGAUUAUACGAGUCUGGCACCCAUAAACUCAUAACAACACCCACCAUUAUUUUCAAUAUUCACACACUUGGGCAAGCCACACUGGGGACUGUGGGAAUGAAAAUAGGGCCAUUGUUCAUCAGCUCAAGAUAAAAAGUCUGGGGGAAACUAAAAUUGGAGGGGUGUGUGUGGACUGAAUCACUGUCUUUCUGAAUCCAGAGUCUCUGAACUAUGUAAUACAAAUAUGUAAUAUAUGGGCAUGGUGCAGUAGUUAUGUUUGGUUUUACAGCUUUUGGAGACGCAAGUUAAGUGGAUGUUAAAGGAGACUUGCCCAGUAUAUAUUUCCAUAAAGUGGGUGGGUAUGAAGCAGCAGAUAUUUUAUUGUCUUUUGUUUCGUUGGGACCUAUUUGAUUGGGGGCCUCUAAGUGUUGAUGCCUUUCUUACAUUGAAGCAUACUCAAUAAGAAAAUGUUUGGAGCUAUUAUAUAGGUCACAGGUGGCAAUUGUGUAUGCUUCUUUUUUGGCAGCCUAUAUGUGCUUAGAAACUGUUGUUGCUUUCUAACACAUGAAUAUCACGUAUGGCGGUAUACAUGCAGCUUUCAUGCACUUUUUUUUUUACAAGAAAAUGCUUAGUAGUGUUUAGUUGUCAUAUCUACCGUAUUUACUCAAAUCUAAUGCUCACCUUUUUUUGCCAAACUACAUUGCGAAAAUUAAGUUGUGCAUUAGAUUCAAUGGCACAUUUACAUUUGCCAGCAAAUACUUUUUUUGGUUUCAUGGUUCUGAAAAUUGAGGUGCACAUUAUAUUCAGUGAUGCAUUAGACUCGAGUGAAUACGGUAAAUCUGUCUUUACCAGCAGUGUCUGUGAACUGCAUAUACUUUAAAUAGGCCUGGUCACAAUCCCAUUGUGUUUUCCAACUUCAAUUUUGUUAGUUAUUUCAGAGAAAUAACUAAUACCAUAGUCCAUUUUGGCUCAUUAUUCUGGAUAACUACAAAAAUCUUAGAUCAAGUCAAGCCAGCAGAUUACUGAACAAGUAGAUCAUUUUAUAAGCUGACAAUAAUUAUUGGUUAGUUAGCCAAAAUGGACUAUGGUAUACUAUUUUAUAAAGAAAUGUAGCAUAUAUUACAUAUGGACACUGUUCUAAUACUCACUAUUUAUAUAGCACUAUUAAUGUGUUUGUAGCACUUUGAACACUCUUGAUAUCCUUCCAACAACACCCUUGUAAGUUAAUCAGUAUUAUAGCCAUACUGCAGAAGAGAUCGGAGGUUACAAGACAGUAGCUUGCUGAAGGACAUUAGUGAAUUCAUGGCAUGGAGGACAUUUAAACUGGGGACUCAACUGCUAUACUGCACCAGCAGUAUAUGUAUUUUGACUUUUUAGAAAUCUAACACAUUCAUUUUCUGUGACCAUAUAGGCUUGAAAUUUAAAAAAAAUGAAAGCUGAUAUUUCUGUGGUUAGUUUUCAGAUCUCAAUCAAUGUGGUUAGGAUUCAUUGUAUAUUACAAGACUAUCAAGCCUGGAUUUAACUUUUAUGAAGGGCAGUGUACAAAUAACCUAAGUGAAUAAAUAGCAUACUUUAAUGUGAUAGUCUUGGAUCCUGAGAAGAUUGCAGUACAAUGACCUGGUUAGAUAAAAGGUUAAACCAAAGUUAAGUGUUAUGUUCGUGAGUUGUUUCUCUCCCUCCUUGUCUUCUGUUAUGCCUUUGAGUAAAUGGAAAUUUACCUUUAACUGUGUUUUGUCUGUGCAGCCCAGGGUCGUAAACCAUAGUUUGAAGUUGGCUUUUUUGAAAAAAAAAUGCUUAAAAUGCUUAAUCUGUUUGUUCCAGUUCGUACAUAACAUAAACCACAGUUAGUUGAAAACUAAGGCGAAUGCUGCUGAUCUCCAAGUAGCUGCCCUAGAUGGGAAGGGAGAAGGACGUGGGCAUAGCCCUGCUUGCUUAUGUAGUAGUAUAUGAUGAGUUAGUGUUAUGUUUGAAUACAGGCGCUGUGUUUCAACACUGUUCCAGUUUAUGUAUAUAUGGGGGGGGGGGAGCAUUUGUCCCUGCAAAUAAGUAGGGCAUAGGCAAACUCGGCCCUCCAGAUGUUUUGGGACUACAACUCCCAGCAUCCCUAGCUAACAGGACCAGUGGUCAGGGAUGAUGGGAGUUGUAGUCCCAAAACAUCUGGAGGGCUGAGUUUGCCUACGCUUGACAUAGACAAAUGUAGAGGAGGGCUGCCUAUAGUGAGUCAUUAAAGUGAAAGCAGUAGUGUGUUUACUAAAAUAUAGAACCUUCUAUAGAAGGUUGCCUUUUUUCUUUUCCAAACAAGAAUAUUUGUAUCAUCAACUGAUAUAAUAGGCAUAAAUUCAUCAUUCGUUCUGGCAUGGAGACAGGGAAAACCACAGUUUUUGAGUUUUUAUUCUAUUAAUGGGGCAGAGCCUCUAUCAGGAAAAAGGUGGUAGCGCUAACAUAUUCCUGCAAGUAUAGCUGUUUGUUCAUAACUCUUGCAACUGGUCUGCCGUGAAGUGAAAGUCUUGGAAAGUGUGUGUGUGUGUGUGUGUGUGAGAGAGAGAGAGAGAGAGAGAGAGAGAGAGAGAGAGAGACAGGCUGCCUCUUCAACUAUGAUGCUGUUGAAGAAGUGUGCAUGCACACGAAAGCUCAUACCAAUAACAAACUUAGUUGGUCUCUAAGGUGCUACUGGAAGGCAUUUUUUUUUUAUUUGUUUUGACUGUGGCAUACCAACACGGCUACCUACCUGUAACUAGAACUAUGAUGAUGUCUGUUUUGUGUGAACCAUUAUGUGAGAACAUUAAUUAAUUAAUUAAUUAAUUAGUCACCUAAAAAUAAAAAUCUCUAAGGCAUUUGGCAUUUUCACAAGAAGGACAUUAGAAGCAUCCACCACCACAAAUCACAGUUUGUCCUGGGAUAGACAAGCAGCAUAUGAAAAGUGAUGAAAGUCAAUUAAACCUUAUCAAUAUUAAAAUUGUAAAAUAGACAUAAAGAAAAAGAAAAAUCAGUAAAAGAGUCUUUCCCAGUCCUAUGUGGAGAUGCCAUACAUUGAAUUUGGAACAUUAUAUGUGCAAAAGAGUGUGCAGUAUCACUGGGUAGAGUUAUUCCUUUCCUUGUAAAAGUCAGUCUAGUAGAUUACAGGUCUCUUCAGUAAAGGCUUAGGUUUUGUACCUUUAGCCUACUACAUGUGACUUUAGGAGGAGAAUGCCUAUCAAUUGGCAAACAAGUUUUGGAUUGACGGAAGGCUAGUAACAUUUAAGCUAUCCUACUGUGUCUGUCUGGGGAGUAAUGAGUUUGUGCUUCUGGUUCUCCAUUACACAGGUCCAGGAGAUUUUUCCUGUGUAUUCUUUGCAGAUUUGAAAUAACAAAAACAAAGCACUGUAAGUAAGUAAAACCAUCUUUUCUGUGCACUUGGAUGUUAUUGUUUCUAAGGUGCAGAUUUUGGUGUAACUCAGGAUCUGCUGUGAUGAAAAUAAUUUGAUACAUGGAUAGAUCCAUUCCAGACAAUGAGUUAAAGCUUUAGGGUAGCAGGAGGCUUGGUGCAAGGUGUAGUGAAUUUUAUGAAUAGUUUGUCAAGGUGGUCUUGUCCAAUUCAGUUGGGUACGGAGCAAAUUUAUUUUUGGAAAGCUGUUGGUUAAGUUUGCUGCAUAAACACACCGUGUGUUCUUCUGUUCAUAAGAGUAUUCAAAUGAGCCAUACAUCUGUGGACUUUUCAGGAGAAGUUUAGUAUAAGCUAGUCAUUAAAGCUGUAGUAAUCCUUCAAAAUGAAUUGGCUUAUCUAAUUCUUGGUUCUGUCUGUGGUUCAGUGCUCUCAUUGGAUAAAUUUGAGGCUGAUUUAGCAGCAUUUAACAACAGAUUUGUAGAAUUUUAAAGAUUUAAGCAAGGGCCUAAAGGGCUUAAAAAUUAUUGAUAGAAGUGAUAAACAAUAAGGCUAAAAUGACUGAAAUAUUUUGUGUGUGUGUGUAAUUGGACUGGGGUGCUGCUUGCAAGAUGCCAUGUUCUGCUUUAUAAUGGGGUUCUCUCCAGAAGCAGACAGUUCUGUAGUUGUGACUGCUCACUUCCAGGUGCAACAAGCUGUAGUGUGAAUGGUGAAAUAGUUAGGCCAUAAAGGCAUAGCAUGGCAAUGUCUCAUGUAGAGCCCUUUGCUUUUCACAAUGUGGCAUGUAUUACUUGGUAAGGGUGUUUGGUAAGUUAAGGCCAUUUAAUGAAAUAUUCUGGAAGUAGUGCACAGAAUAUGAUCUGCUCUAUAUAAUUAGCUCUUCAUUGCGGUACUUAAAGCAACAUGUUUAUGCUGUCCUUCUAAACAUAGUUAUGUAGAAAUAAUAAAAUGCAUUCAGUGUUUAUGCAUGGGCCCUAUUGUGCAUAUUACAUGUUUCACAACUGGAGUUUGUCUCUUUGGAUGGGGUAACUACUUUUGGUGUUGUCAAAAGUAAUAAACUAGCAAAACUAGCUGCCAUAAUUUUUGGUGUUACAUAGUUUUCAGAAAUGUUCUUAUUGUAUUUUACACAUAUAUUAAAAAGUUCUGCUGCCAUUUCACUUACAAACAAGUAUUUGAGUACAGUUGUCCACAAUGGCUCAGAUCUCCUGGCUCCCCCCCCCCCCUCUUGCAACUAUAUGUUUUCAGCUAUGUGUUUUAAUAUAUUGUUGGAAAUUGCCCAGAGUGGCUGGGGCAACCCAGGCAGAUGGGUGGCAUAUAUCGUAUUUUUCCAUGUAUAAGACUAGGUUUUUUCCUAAAAGUACAGUGGUACCUCGGGUUAAGUACUUAAUUCGUUCCGGAGGUCCGUUCUUAACCUGAAACUGUUCUUAACCUGAAGCAGCACUUUAGCUAAUGGGGCCUCCUCCUGCUGCCCCGCCGCCGGAGCACAAUUUCUGUUCUCAUCCUGAAGCAAAAUUCUUAACCUGAAGUACUAUUUCUGGGUUAGCGGAGUCUGUAACCUGAAGUGUAUGUAACCCGAGGUACCACUGUAAUGUUACAAAUUAGGGGGCAUCUUAAGCAUGGAUACAUCUCUCCCCAUUUUUUAAAAUCUGAGUCCCCCAAAAUAGGGGGCGUCUUAUACAUGGGGCCGUCUUAUAGACGGAAAAAUGCAGUAAAUAAAAUUACUACUACUAGUACUACUACGCUGUCUCUUUUCAUCUCUCCACCUCUCCUCCUCCCCAGGAGAAAAAGGGGUGAAGGCAGCAAAGUAAAAGCCCCUUUGUCUCUGCUUGGCAAAGGGAAAUACAGCAAGGGGGAUUUGGCUGUUAUAUUCCUCACUGUGUUUUCUUCUCACCCUUGCCUGCUGGGGCAGGAUUGCAGCCAACAGUUAGAGGGACUUGCUGUGUGUUCUCAGUUGCAGAAAGCACAGUGCUGUGAUGGUGCUGAGAGUGGCACAGGUAGAUAGGGAACAGCAGCAGGAGUAGUGGUCAGUCUUGUGCCUUUUCUUCUUGGUGAAGGGCAUGAAAAUCAAGUGAGAACUGGAGAAGUAAUCACUUUCACACUUUUUUACAUCUCCUUCCCCCCCCUAAAGUUCUCUCCUAGUGCCUUCUGUGUUUGUGUUCUGGAUUGAUUUUAUUUAUUCAAUUUACCAGCUCUUCUUCCUGAAGAAGCCCAGGAUGGCAAAAAUCACAGUAAAACAACUUUUAUCAGUUAAAAAGUUAUGAAAAUCAAAACACAUUCAAACAAUGAUCUCAGGGUUGCCAGAUAUUUUCAGCCACCAAAUAUCUGGGGAAACAGGAAUGUUUUAAACUUCCUCCUGAAAGUCAGUAAUAAUGAAGGCAAAUGCACCUCAGUCACCAUGGGGGGCUAGAACAGAAAAGGCUUUAUCACAGGUCAGUGCCAACCAGACAGGAACAAGUAGUAGCACAAGGCCUUACCUCCCAAUCAUAGGAUCUUACAUGGCUGAUACAGGGGAACAUGCUUUUUUAGAUACUUGGCUUCUAACCUGCUUAGGCCUUGAUACAACAUAAGCACAAACUCUGUUACUUGGACCCAGUAGCUCACUGGCAGCUGGUUACACUUUCAGGACUGGUGACACUUGGUCCCAUUGGACUACUGCUUUUAACAACCUAGCAGCCACAUUCUGUGCUAACUGCACCUUUCAUAAAUCUUCGAGGGCAAUCCCAUAUACAGUACAUUACAAUAGUCCAGAUGGGAGGUCACCAGAUCAUGGAAAACAGAGACCAAGUUAUCCUGGUCUAGAAACAGCUGUAGUUAACAAAUCACAACAAAACUGGGCAUGAGCAUUCAUAACCACAGAAGCCAAACAAGACUCUAGUGACAAGUUAGAAUCCAGGUGUACUCCCAAACUUGUUUCUUCAACAGGAGUGCAACUUCUCCCAGAACAGGUCCUACACCUAACUUCUGGACUCAGGCAUCAACUACUCAUGACACUUCUGUCUUAACAAGAUUCAGGCUCAGUUUAUUGGCCUCCAUCCACUCCACAACUGUCUCCAGACACCUGUAUAACACAUUCACAGUGUCUCCUGAUUUCAAUAGAAUUGAGAAAUGGAGCUGCGUGUCAUCAUACCAAAGAUACCGUGCUCAGAAUCUGCAGAUGACAGCUCUCAGCAGUUUAAUUUAGAUGUUAAAUAGCACAGGAGGCAGAAUGGAUCCUUGCAAGUCCUCACAGUUCAAAAGCUACGGGGCUGAGCAACAAUAUCCGAAUGCUACUCUCUGGUAGUGACCCUGCAGGCAAGAGUGGGACCAGCAUAAUUCAGUGCCUCAAACUUCCACCUCAAGUUUUUCCAGCAGGACACCAUGGCCAAUGGUGUCAAAAGCCACUGAGAAGUAAAGGACUACCAACAGAUUUUCACUCCCUCCCUCUCUCCUGAUAAAGGUCAUCACGAUGACCAAGGCUGUUUCAGUGCCAAAACUGGACCAGAAACCAGACUGUUAGGGCUUUUUUUCAGAGGGAACUCCCAGGAACUCAGUUCCGGCACCUCUCAGGUGAGCACCAUUGCCAUUCUAAGAGAACAAGGGAGUUCUGGCACCUUUUUCACCCACAUGGAGAGUUCUGGCACCUCUUUUCUAGAAAAAUAGCACUGCUGUUAGGGACCUAGAUGAUCCAUUGAUUCAUGCUUUGCCUAUAAUGACUGAAUGCAAUAAAGUGAAGGUUUUUUUCAGUCUUAACAUUGAAGGUUUGGGGAAAUGAUUUCUAACCCACACGUAGCUAUCACAUUUUGAAACUAAUACAAAGAAUAAUACAAUUGUUCUUCCUUUUGUUCAUUGCAUACAAAAAAUUAUCUUCCUAUGGUUUCAUUAUGAGAUGUUAAGCCACCUUUUUGCAGUUACUGCUUACCAGGAUAAUGUAACGGCAUUAUGGGAUAAAAUAUCUCAUGUGCUUAAUCCUGCCUUGCAAAUAAGUCUCCUCAAAUUGCCAGAUCACACAAAGUUAUACUACCUCACAUUCCUACACAUACUAUGAAUUAAAGCAACCCUGUUAUAUUUCUUUAGGAUCUACUCCUGUACAAAUUUUCCUGAGAAUACAUUCCAUUGACUGCUGAGCAGAUGUGUACAAGAUUGUACUGUUAAUCUCAUCCUAACUAGUAAUGAGUAUAAAAAUAGUUCUGUGGUUAGAUGGUUAAAGAAGGAAGAACUAAAUGGAGGAGGUUUGUUUAGUUUUUAGGUUUGUUUUUUUAAAGAUUCCAUCCUUUCCUAUCCCACAAUAGUGCAGCAUUUGUUUGUUUUCUGCUCUGACUUGCAAACCAAACAAUCAAUCAAUCAAAUGUAUGUUCACAAUGUGGUUAUACGAUUGCAGCUAAUUCAAAAUUGCUCCCCUCUACCUGGGAGUUGCCCCCAUUGAGCUCAGUAAGGCUUACUUCCAAGUAAAACUGUAUAGGUGAUUUAAAGGUCCAAACCUGGCAGUCAUGUUGACUAUUCCUUUGCUCCUUACACUUUAGAAGCACUCAAAAACUAUAGGCACUUGUGUACUGCCCCAAUAUCUUUUGAUGAAGGGCAUUAUAUAAAUAAAAUAAAAUAAAAUCCAGUCAAUCAAUCAAUCAAUCAAUCAAACUGUGGUGUCAAAGACAUGAGCCUGGAAUUUAUGGUAGAGACUGAAUCAGUUUCUUAUGAGAUGGAUAGGGCCAGUGGUAAACUCUAAUAAUUUUAUUUACUGUACACACCCGACUUUUCAGCCAUGCUUGGCUACCAAAGAUGCCUAAUACUCAUGUCCAAUAUUGCAAUAAUACUAAAUUCCACCAACUACCUUCCUAUUUAAGAUUUGUCUAUUUUUUAAUUUUUAUUUUUGUCUCUCUCCAAGGAGCUUGAGGGGCAUGUUGUACUGGGGACAGUAUUAGAAACUCAGAUUUAUAAGCUAGGCACCAAAUGGCUCCUUAAACCAAGAUUACAAUAAAAACAAAAUGUUUAGUUGUCAUUUGGGGGCAAGACUUAUUUUUUUGAAUGAUGGACUGACUGUGAUUGAUUCUCAGUUAAACAUCUGUCUCGUUGUAUGACAACCUUGAGCAAGUUUAAGAACUUUGAGUCACUUUAUCCAGGGACAGUCCACAUAUAUAUUUGUCUACUCCAGCUCUUUUUCUUAAUGGUGACACAGACCAUUCAUAACCUAAGAAUAUUCUUCACCACUGUGAGCAGGACAGUGGGGUAAGUGAAGACAACAGUUAACUAUAAUGUUGUUCGCUGCUCCUGCUCAGGCUGCACAGAAAAAGCAUUUUGGUUCCUGAAAUUCAUUCUGAUAGUGCAGAUAAAAAAUAACUGAUAGAAUUCUACAGGAUGUGGUAUUAGUGUGUGAAAACAGUCAAGAUCCAAUGAUCCACAGGCAUAUACCUCCAGAUGUGGAGAUGUCAGACACAAUCCGGGCACCUGGGCAUCUUUACUUGGUCCCAAGUGGUCUAUAGUCAGGCUAAUUUCGAACACUGGUUGGGCGCUGUUCUAUUGUAUCUUCACCACAACCUGUGACAAAUGCUUGAAUGAGAAAUAGUGACUUGCCCAAGAUCACUCAGUGAACUUUAUGGUUGACUAAGACAAUAGCUGCAGCUUCAUAGUACAGUUGCCGUUAUGUAAGAAAUGUGAGUAGUAACUAAUUGGCAGCCUUGCUAAGAACUAAAUGUUAUAAACAUAAUUACAAUUUCUCCUGGGAUUAAUUUGAACUCUUGCUAUUGUUAUGCUAUCAUUAAAACCUAUAAUAAACUCAGUGCUUCAUAGGUGCGUCAAUUAUUAUUAUUAUUAUUUUUAAAAAACCAUGCUGUACACAAAUGGUCUGCUUUAAAGAAGUGGCUGCAUAGCAUCUAUGGAGGCAUACUUCCCCUUUAGGAUAUAUCAGGAUUGUCUCUGUUCAAAAGUGCUUCAGGAGAGCAUUCCUUUCAUCUACCAGAAUGUUUGGGCUCAGUGAAAAAUACCAAAGUGGAAAUGACUAGGAAAAGAGACCUUAAAUGAAGGGGAGUGGGGAUGAGAACACAAUAUUUCUUCAGAAAGAAGUUUUGGGACUCAAGGAAUAUGUUCAUCAGAGCAGAAACUCUCUCAUACCAGAUCUGUGCACAAUGUUCCUUAAUAAUGAGGUCACAUACUCAGAGAUAGUCAUCUCCCAAUUACAUCUAAGGCUAAACAUUAAGCCCAAGGCUACAUCUAGUGAAAUAAUCCUUUUAGUAUAACAAGUUCAAGGGAGGGAGUUUGUCCCCUGGCCUAUUUUAUCGUUGCAGCAACCUUUUGAGGUGGACUAACUCCUAAGGAGGCAUCUCCUUCCACAUGAACCUGCAUGAGGUCUCUCCUUUGUCUCUGAAGCCUCCACACUGUCUCUUCACUAAUAGACAUGUGGCUGGCACAAUUUUGUGCAGCUUGGGCAUCGUCUUCAUUAUUAGAUUACUUGCCCCAGUUUUGCUGCCCAUCGUGCCUGCACAUGGCACACACACCACUGAUCUGGGAAAUGAUGGUAGAAAGAGCCACAAAAGAACUGUCAAAGAUAGUUAGGAAAAGCUGUUUGGGUUCAGAGUUUUGAGAAUUAUCAUGCAAUAGUAAAAUUUUUUAAGAUAAGUUUUACAGCGGUACACUGCAGCUCAAAAGCCACAUAAGAUCUGUAAUACUUUAGAAUGCAAAAUGAUGGUGACAAUGACAAAAUGCAGUCAAAUAAGAUUUUAUACAUUGUAUAGUAAAUAUGAAAGAAAACUAAUAACUUAUGGAAGAUGGUUACUAAAACCAUGGGUGCAAUGUUAUUUUUUCCUGAUGUAUGUUGGCUAACUUUUAUAAAGGAACAUGUUAUAGAAGUAACCUAAAGGAAGUCUUCCAAAAAGUAGUGACUGGAUGAAGCUUGAGGUACUAAUGAGGCAUCUGAUCAAGGCCUGUAUUUAAAAUGAGCUUAAAGAUAUAUUUGCAAAUGUUUGUAUGUUUCAUGCCAGGCAGAAACCAGCUGGCUAAGUACUUUGGCAGUUGUUUAUCUUCCUGCUCUCCUGAACAAGCCCCCCCCCCCCCCGAUUUAUAGCAGUAGCAGGAGACAAGUUUCUCAAAGUUGUAAAAGGGAAUUACAGGCUGGGAGCAAAUGUUACACUGACCCUACAUAUUACAGAAUACAAUCAAGCUGCAAAAACACUAAUUAAGAGUUGGUAAAUAGUAAGAUUUAUUGUUUAACAGAAAAUAGUACCAUGUGCCUCCCAUCAGACUCUAGCCAUAUUUUCCUAAAGUUUAAGGUAUACUGAGAGAGUUAAAGGGCAAUAAAUUUUGGGAAGAGCUAAUGGGAAAAGCAGCUGGCUGGGAAAGGGGGGUGUAAACUGAAGAGGCUUCUUUUGAAGCUGUUUUUACUGAGUUCCUUUUUACUUUGCAAAGGCCUUUUCUUCUAAAAAGCUAUCUAUGUUAUGUAUGAGAUUUGUUGGCUUAAUGUAAUUAUGCAAAGGAUUUAGAAAGUAAGAAAUGUUAGAUUCUUAUGUUAGAUUCUUAUUUCAUUGAUGGUGUGUGAGAAUGUGAACCCAAGAUCUCUGUUUAGAUAGAAUUUAAUACCAUGAGCCAUUUGUUUUAGCCAUUUGUUUUGGAAUGCAGGGGCAACAGGGGCAAAAGGUGAUCUGGUAAUUAAGGUGCCUUGUCGAGGCAAAUGUAAGAUAUAUGGCUACUUGUCUGCCAUUUAUGGAUAGAAGGAAAUAUAGCUCUUUGUCUCCCAUAAAAGGUAAUAGGAAAUGGGUGUAUCUUUUAUGAUUGGUUCUAGCAAACAGCCAAUAGGAAUUUCAACCAGGCUGAUUGGACAGAGGCAGCCAAAGGAGGAGCAAGGGGGCUGGGCUGAGGAAAUAUAAGUGCUGGCCAUCAGGGCUGGAAGGGGGGCAGAGCUUUGGUAACCAUAUACCACUGUGCCUAUCAUUUAUUUGUCUGACAAAUAAAUUAUUAUUUUAAUUUCUCUAUUGCUGCGUUGAAUAUUUCAUUCCAGCUAAGCGUUAACCACAAGCAGGAUGCUACACUAUUAAAAGAGUAAAACAAGUUGUUGCCUUGGAGUUGAUCAGGAGAGGCUUCCUGGCUUAGAAGGAGGGCUUGAUAUGAUGGUAAUAGUUAGGGUGUGUGACAGGGAAGGGCCAGAAUAUGCAGAAUACCUCUGACAUUUCUCCUUUUCAGUUCAGCUAUUCCUUCUGCUUUCUUCUUCCUCCUUAAUGUUUCCUUGCAUUCACAUGAAUCUGAGUGGCUAGUUGUUUCCUCUGUACAGUGGUGCCUCGGGCUACAUACGCUACAGGUUACAUACGCUUCAGGUUACAGACUCCGCUAACACAGAAAUAGUACCUUGGGUUAAGAACUUUGCUUCAGGAUGAGAACAGAAAUCGCGCGGUGGCAGCGUGGCAAUAGCGGGAGGCCCCAUUAGCUAAAGUGGUGCUUCAGGUUAAGAACAGUUUCAGGUUAAGAACGGACCUCUGGAAUGAAUUAAGUACUUAACCCGAGGUACCAUUGUACAGAAGUUUGACUGCAUUUGUUGAGGGCUUAACAGCAAUUAAUUCAUUGCACACACUAAAGAUUCUGCAUAAGAAUUUUAGAAUGGUAGAAUGCCUUCUACAAUUUCCAACUUCAUCAGAGGUGGGUUGGCAUCUAUGAAAGCUUAUGUCAUUUUAUAAUUAAAACUUGUAAAAAAGAAUCUCAAGGUGUGUGAAACACAUUUUUCCUCUGUAUCAUACAAGGCAAACACAGUUUUCAUAUUUUAUAAAUUAUUGUUUAAAUGGUGUUUAACACCAUGUAGGCUUAGCCAUAUUUAUGUUGGGGUAAACAAGAAAUAUUUCACAUGUGGUUCCUGUAGAGGAAAUAUCUUAUUCCAUGAGAUAAUGCCACAAUAUAUUUAAGGUGCAACAAGACUUUGGGUGGGAUUCACCUAACAAUCCCUAUCAUCAGAAGCCCUGCACAAUGGGGAUUUCUCCCCUCUGCUCCCCCUGUGCACCCCCCUGGCUGUGGGCAGGUCAGGGAAACCCGCAGAAUAGCACAUGGUGGGGAGGGAAGGAGAGAGGGGAUUGCUCCAUCUGGCAAACAGAUGGGCUUGUGCAGAUGUAUCAUUUGUAAUAGUGUGAUGUUGAAUUCUUCCGUUUGCUUUUGUCCUCCUAACAAUAGUUUUUAUUUAUUUCUUAUUUAAGGGCCCACUCUCUGCCCACUAUAAUAUGGUUGCGUGCCAUCCCAAUCUCCAAGAUUCCAGGAGUUCCAGAUUCUCCUGAGAUUCCAGGAGUUCCAGACACUUACCCAGGGUUUGUGUUUCCUUUUGGGCACAGUGGAGGUUGUUGUGUCUUUAUGCUAUAUGGUUUAUUUACACACACAUAUAACCUGAGACUGUGAUGGAGUCCCCAAAGGGUUAUUGUUUCUUCUAUAGCCACAGCUUUGGACUCAAGCAGAGGUCUGGAAUGGCACACUCUCUCUUCUUGCUUAUUUCUUUCCAGGGCACAUUUCCCCUCCUCAACUGUAAACUCUGACUUUUCUCCUUCUCACUUUUUUCCCUUGCACCUAAUGAGCCCAGUGUGGGAGACAUGUAACUUGAGAGAGAAUUUUCAUAAUUUGGGGUGGGAGAGGGUCAGGUUAUGUCUGAGAAUGCUCUGUAUAUUUACUCCUUUUAUUUAUAUGGGAAAGGGGGAAAUGAAUUAGUGGCCACAUAGUGGGGUGGGAGAGCUGAAAAUAACGUCAAUAUUUCACAUCUGGCAAACAAUGCCAGUUUUCAGAUAGUACAUGGGUAGACGAGUGUGCUCCCGAUUCUUUCCUUCUUCCUUUGCAGGUGCAGCUUGAACCACAUCUUGAAUUCAAGUAUGGGAUGCAAAGGAAGAAUGUGAGCGCACUUAUUGCACUCCUAAUACAGUGGUGCCUCGCAAGACGAAAAGAAUCCGUUCCUUGAGUCUCUUCGUCUUGCGGGUUUUUUUCGUCUUGCAAAGCAAGCCCAUUAGCGGUUUAGCGGAUUAGCGCUACAGUAUUAGCGGAUUAGCGGGCUUAGCGGAUCAGCUGAUAAGCUGCUUAGCGAUCAGCUGUUAAGCGGCUUAAGGAUCAGCUGAUAAGCGGCUUAACGAUCAGCUGAUAAGCGGCUUAGCGAUCAGCUGAUAAGCGGCUUAGCGAUCAGCUGUUAAGCGGCUUAGCCGAUCAGCUGAUAAGCGGUUUAGCGGCUUGGGAAAAAGGGGGGGAAAAGGAAAAAACCCCCGCAGGAACUCGCAAGACAUUUUCGUCUUGCGAAGCAAGCACAUAGGAAAUUUGUUUUGCGAAGCACCUCCAAAACGGAAAACCCUUUCGUCUGGCGGGUUUUCCGUCUUGCGAGGCAUUCGUCUUGCGGGGCACCACUGUACUUCCUUGUUUUAGCUGUCGCUUCAUGCACCUGAGGUUAUAUAUGACAUCAGGCCCUAGAAAGGUGGGUGUGGUUUCCAAACAUUCAGAUGUGCCAAUCUCCAAGGCAGGCAAGCCUAAAUAGGCCUGUGGGCUGGAGGUUUCUUUCCACUGGACUAGAAGAUAAGCAGAUCUUUGAUUUUGGGCCAGAUCUCAUUAGUGACAACAAUGUUUCUCUUUCCCGUGUGUGCUUUAUGUUCCUCGUUUGUCUUUCUCAAUGCUAUAAAAAAGAGAAAUGUGCUUUUCAAACAUUCUCUUAACUUCAUAAAACAUAUAUAUGAGUUGGCAUGGAAAUUGAAACAAUUUAAAACAUUUUAUUGGCUUGCUGAUGUCAUUGGAUAUGAUCUAAAGUUUUAUUUGAUCAUCUAGUCAUUGAAUCAGAAGUAAGUGAAUAGUGCAGUUAUCCAUCCAAAGAGAUAGAAAUAUAUUGCUAAUUCUCAUCCGCGUGAAUUGCCGGUGCCAGAAUGUUUAUCACUCCCACAAACACUGUUAAUAAUGUCAUUGUAACAGUUUUUAAUGUCUUCAUUUUACAGUCUCCAUCCCCCCCCCCUGGCAAGCUAUGCAUAUUUAUACCAGCAACUCAAGAAAAUCCUUCAGGCAUCUGACUAUGUGGAUUCUAGUCCAUAAAAGCUGUAUGUCACAAUAAAUUUAUAUCAUAUUUCUUUUGCCGUUCAUAAAUAAAAUAUAAAACAAAUGCAGGUAGCAAUAACAGUUUUAGUCUUUAAGGUACCACAAGAUAUUUGGGUUUUUAAAGAGUUAAUUACUUUAAAAAACUAUUUGCUAGAGUUAGUUUACUUGGUCCGACCUAGGUCCAUUGUGAUUAAAAAUACCAGUACUGUAGUUUAUUUAAAGUAUUGAAGUGGUGGGGGGCGUAGUUUUGAUUAAGGCAAAUUCAUUUUUUCGUGUAACAGUGCAAACCAUUUUCUGUAAUGAACUUUAGGUGAUAACUUAAGCUGCAAUCCUAACCCCAUUUACCUAGCAAUAAGCCUCAUUGCAUUCAGUAGGACUGACUUCUGUGUAGACAUGGCUAGGAUUGCACAGUUAUGCAUGCUUUAGCAUAUUCUCUAUUCCCAGGCUUCAAAGAACCGUUUCAGAAAGUCUCAUUGAUAGACACCAAUACUUCUAGCAGCAGCAGCAGCAGCAGCAGCAAUACACAAGAGGAUUUGAGGGUGGGGUGGAUCUUAUCUGUCACUUCUUGCAGCCCUACAAAAAUUGAAAGAUGUUUAUGCCCCUUUAGUGCUUUUCCUUUCCCCACUGUUGGUUGCACAAAGACUUGACUUCCACUUCACAUUAUGCACUGGGGAGGAGGACUCCUGUCAGUUCUUUCAGUCUUCAAGGCAGGGCACAAAGUGGUGGAAAAUAUUUUUCCCAACAGUCUGCUGCCCAAUGAUGAUGGGGAAGUGGGUGGAUCUUAUCUCACUUUGGGCAGGAAUUUUGCUGAAAUUAAAACAGAAGCAGUGCAAGCCGCAGUCACUGCUUCUGUCAAAACCUCAGCAUGAUGUGAGGGAUUUCUCUUGCAAUAUAGUUUAUAGAGAAGUGGGAAUGGGUGCUGGCAACUGGAUUUGUGGAGCCCAGCCAGUUUUGCAACCAAGAAGACUAGGAACUAUUUUCUCAUGAGUUGGUAGGUUCCUGAGAAGCCCAACAAAGCUGUGAGUUGUGUGUAAGAACUUUAAGAUUCACUUGUGCUGGCUUUUCCUAGCUCAAGCAAUAUAUUUCUAAAAGGCAUCAUAGGAUGAAGUGCAGAUCAGAGAAAACAAGACAGGGUUGCCGUAUAUCAGGACACAAAAAUUAAGUUGUUGAGCUUUGCAAAAUUUAUUUAUUUUUUUAAAAAAGAAUAAUUUUUUAAGCUAUUCUUCAGGAAAUUUGCGAAAAAAAUAAAAACUUCCGAUAUGGACUGCCAUAUGCCCGGGUUUCCCCGAACAUUUUAACUGCUUUUUGAAAAUUCCGUCAGACAUCAUUUUUGACAGAUGGAUCCCGGCUUUGUUCAAGAAAUUCCAGACAUAUGGCAGCCCUAAAACAAGACUAACUUUACUUCUUUCGCCAUGCUCUGAAGGGUAUGUUGCUUGUCUUGCUUUUGAUAUACCAAAUCAGUUCUCUUUGUCUCCAUUGUAGUAGCCUUGAACUGAAGGGUGGUAUAUAAAUAGAUUAAAUAAAAUAAUGACUUAUUUUGAAAACACAUGCCCCUAUGCUUCUGUCCCUCACUCCUAGCAGUGCAACCAUAGCAUACUUUUUUUUGUUGAUAGAUGCUUAUAAAAUUAUUCAUCUUGUGAGAGAAGUGGCUAGACACAAUAGUUUCUCCCUCUCAAUACUGGAGCUUCGGGCAAUUCAGUAAAGAGAGAGGACAGCUUUCAGUUGUUGUUUUUUUACAAGCAAGCGGUGUAUAAAUUUUACAAAAUAAAUUAACAGUGCAUAAUUUCUGGAAUUUGUAUCUAUAAUAAUAUGUGGUAAUGGCUCAUAGACGACUUUUUAAAGGGAUUUGACCGAUACAUGGAGCAUAGGCCUGGUGGGUCUAAGGAACCUCCAUGUUCAAUUAUGAAAUGCCACUGAACAGUUGCUGGGGAGCAAAGGUGUGGGAGGUAUAUUUUGUUUAUGUCCUGCUUGUGAGCUUUGUGAAGCUAUCAGUUUGGUUGCUGUAGGAAGCAUCAUAUUGGUAUAAUAGAUAGGGCUUCUUUUAUGUUCUUCAGCUGGGAAAAAUCUAGCAGUGUGCUGUGGCUGCUCCCCAUUUCUUACAUCACUUCCUGGUUUUCCCUACCUAAGUACACUCAGAUAAGAUUGUACAAAAAUAAGCAAAUAUUCAGACUGGUACUAAAUCUGUUCUAUGUAUUUGACCGAUACAUGGAGCAUAGGCUUUCCAUUUUUAUUUUUAUUUUGGCCUGGUGAGUUUUUUUAAAAAUGUAACUUGAAAGCUUGCCUGUUUCUGUGCCAGCAAAAAGUUUGUCCAAUUAAAAAAAGGUUGCUUUACCAGUUUUAUAGUAUUGGCUGGUACCACAUAAUUAUUUGUAUUUAAUUGUUCCAUUUAUAGCUUAGCUUUUAUCCAACAAUGCUCUUGAUAUUUCUUCAAUUUUAUAUGUUUGCUGUAGGUUUUUUAACAAUUGGAAGAUUAAUUACACAAAAUGUUUUUGAGUUGUCACUUGGCUCCUCUCACCUCCUUGUGAUCUUCCACAGGGGUUAAUUAUGGAAAUAGUUUUGUUUUUUAGAUGCACAAUUAAUGUAGCAACCUAACUACAACCUUUAAUACUUUGAUGAUAAAGAAACCAGCUCAACUCCUUAAAAACAGCUCUAAUUUUGAAAUUGGAGAAGACUGUAUCCUCAAGAUAGGCAGCAACAUUUGGCUAGGAGAGGACUGUUGGAAAACUUACUAUAUUCCAUGCUAAAUGCACCACAAUUCUUCCACCUCCCUUUGGCCACUAAGAUCCUUUGGCUGUCAAGAAAGUAGCACAGGAAAUCAUAGAAUGAUAGAAUGUCAAGAUGGAAGGACCCACGAGGGUCAUCUGGUCUAACCCCCCUGCAAUGCAGCCUGGCAUUCAGAGAUUUCCACAUGGCCGCAGUUGAACCCGCACCUGUCACAAAACACGAUUUGUGCCUGGGGAAUUUUGAACACUGAUGAGAAAACCUCUUCAGAUUUAAGCUCUGCCCAGAAUGUGUUUGCAUAAGGCAGAACAGUAUCUGUUGGCACAUACCCAUUUUGAAAAUGUAGAGUCCUUGUUUAGGGACUGUUUUACUUGUAUUCUCAAACAUUAUUGAAAAUGGAGCAGAAGAAAGCUCAAACUAAUAGCAUAUUAGUAAUAAUACAAACAUUCAUUAAAUGUCAGACUUCUGUUGUUUCAUAUUUAAAUCCUAAUAAUGAGUGCUGUGAACUAUUACAGUCUUUCAUCAAAAGGCACAUCAGCAUAUAUUUGAUUGUGAUUGCUAUUUUAGUAAUGUGACAUAGAUCUGGUUCUUGUAUCAUGGUAAGCCAGAUAAUGAUUUACUGUGACAAUGUGAACCUGCUAGCUCCUAGAAAGAUGCAUUUUGAUCCUCCUCAAAGGCAGCCUUUUGCAGCCUUCUGAGGCCCAGAAAGGUGCCGGACAUAUUGAGACAAGUAUUUCCUCAGAGGUGAUGAGCUGUUCUUGUACAUAGAACUUUGCACUUAAUGGCUUAGCUGUUGGCUUCUGGGGAGAUUGCAGCCACUUUGUUGCUCCCUGUCUCAGCGCAGCAUGGCACCUAAGCCUAGGUUUGGCUUUGCAUGUCAUCCAAACUUGAGAUUAUGGUUAAGAUCUCUCCUGCUUACUCAUAACCAGUAGCCAAGGUUUUUCCUAUGGUUACAGGUCAUAGUUCGCAAGGAGAUACCUUAACUAUGAUUAUGGGUUCAUGUGGCACUGCUGGUGCAGAGCUAAAAUGCCCAGGGAGGAGCAAAGUGCUUGCGAUAUUGUCCUCAGGAGCUAUCAUGUUCAUACAUUCAUGCCAAGCCAUGGUUCGACUUCACAGUACAUGUGAAUGAGACUAUAGACUUUGACUCAGUUCUCAUGUCAUAUUAAACUAAAGUUAAACACACACUUUGAUUUAACAUGACUGUGCAUGAUGUUCAGUGUGCUGAAAAGUUCCUAUUCCAUUCCUUGUUGGUCUUGCUGCAUCAUGAGUGAAACAAGCCAGAUUUGGGCUUAUCCUGUUGUCUGAACCUGGGCUCAUAGUUUGCUUCCCACCAAGCAAGCUGCAAACAUCAACCAGUAUUUGUUCAUGCCUUACUGUUUUGUUUUGUUUUGUUUUGAGGAAACAAUGGGAUAGAUCCAUAUUAAGUUAGUUGUACUUGGCUUCCACUGAUUUAAGUGUAACUUAAAUUAGGGCCUACUGAAAUCAAAGUUACUACGUAAUUUUAAUUUCAUUUAACUUGGUCUGGAUCCAACCCUCUAAGUGGAAAGGAUCAAAAACAGCUUGGAAGAGUUGUUCAUAAAAUGCCACCAACCUGUAUUUGUUGUGCUGCUAAUUAUUUAGUUUCAUAAAUUGCAAUAUCCCUGAGAACUGAUGAAGUACGGCGUAAUAAAAACCAACUGUUCUGAAACUUUAUGGAGCACUGUUAGUGUGUUAGCUCCCAGGUUAUCGAUAUAGUUAAAAAUAAAUAAAUGUGCCUUAUAGGAAUUUGAAAUAUUUUGUGAAACACAUUAUCUUAUUUGGAGCUGAAAGUGCUCUUAUGCAUUGUCCUUGGACAUAUUAUGCUUAAUAGGUUUGGAAGAAGAUUCUGUAUUUUAAUUACAAAUAUUAUGAUGAUUUUUAAAAUCAAGUUAUGGCAAUCCAGUAAAGUGUAAGAAGUACCCUUUUUUUGUUGCAGUUGGUGUGAUCAGGUGUCCAAUCUGUCGCCAGGAAUGCAGGCAAAUAGAUUUGGUAGAUAACUACUUUGUCAAAGACACAUCUGAAGCACCCAGCAGCUCUGAUGAGAAAUCAGAACAGGUAUGACACUUCUACUCUUUUCUCCUUGCAAUGUGAUUUGAGUUUUUUCUUGUGUAAGAUAAAAUAUUUUGGUAAUUUUUGGAUUGACGUGUCACAGCUUCAGCAUUUGAAAAUAUUCCCCUCCCCCGGCUUUUAGGUGUGCACCAGCUGUGAAGAUAAUUCUAGUGCUGUUGGUUUCUGUGUGGAAUGUGGAGAAUGGCUGUGCAAAACCUGCAUAGAAGCUCAUCAACGAGUUAAAUUUACUAAGGAUCAUAUGAUUAGAAAGAAAGAAGAUGUCUCUUCAGGUGAAAUUUCCGUUUCUAACUUAAUACAUGACUGUCAAGAAUAGCUCUGACUCUAUAGAUAGCUUAGGAUACUGAAAAUCCAUGUCAUUUUUGUGUUUUGGAACAGAGAGAGGCUGUUGAAUUGUGACUUCAUUGGAAAGCAAAUAACACAAAAUACUGAAUUUCAUACACGGCUAAGUCCUUUUCAAUUGGGCAGCUCAGUUGCUGUUGUUAUGUAGCCCAUGGUACAAUUCUGCCACCUUGCUGCUAAGUUCAAUACCUGGCUACCUACUGCUGUCCAUUUUCUGAUGCUAGGGCCAUGGUUUCCCAUUGGAAAACUAAACAAUUCUUGGAUAUUUCUGAAGUACAAUAACGGUCCAGUCAUUAAUAAAAAACAUUUAAACAUUGGCAGUAAACUUUCACAAAAAGUCUGUCCACACGUCUGUUUCCUUAAUGUAAUUUGGCAGUACAGUGGUGCCCCGCAAGACGAAUGCCUCGCAAGAUGAAAAACUCGCUAGACGAAAGAGUUUUCCGUUUUUUGAGUCGUUCCGCAAGACGAAUUUCCCUAUGGGCUUGCUUCGCAAGACGAAAUGUCUUGCGAGUUCUUGCGAGUUUGUUUCCUUUUUCUUAAAGCCGCUAAGCCAUUAAUAGCCGCUUAGCCGCUAAGAGCCGUGCUUCGCAAGACGAAAAAACCGCAAGACGAAGAGACUCGCGGAACGGAUUAAUUUCGUCUUGCGAGGCACCACUGUAUCAGUAAAAUAUACGAAGACAAGUAAUUUCUGGCAGUUUAUUAGUCAGAAGACAGAUUGUUGUAGGUGGGUUAGUGGAUACACCCUAUUAAUUUUGUCCCUGCUGUUGCAAUCCUAGACCUACUCACAACGUGCAAUGCUUGUGUUUAACCAUUUAUAAGUGAUGAAGACUUACCUGGGUCGUUUAUGCUUGCUUGCAUUUUAUUCCUCUUCCAUUACCGAAGCUAAGCUGAAGUAUAUGUAACUGAACGGAAUCCAUACUCUUCCAAUUUACACUUGCCUCCUUCUCCUCUCUUCUCCCUCUUCUAACAUUUCCUCCAGCAGAGACAGUGUGUCAAAUAUUUGAUUACAUGUUCCACAGGGCAGAGGCCUACUUUUUUAUGCCGCUUUAUAGCGGCAUAUAAAUUAAUAAAUAUAAGGGUGUUUUAAGAUGAAAGUAAGAAAAGUAACAUUAUUAUGUUUAUUUGGAUCUGGAAAUGGGUGGUUUUGACUAAGGCAGUUUCAAUGAACUGUAGGAAGUGGAAGGCAGUUUGUUGAAGGCUGAGAAAAGAGUUGGUUGGAGUAGCUGGAGACACAAGGUAGUUGGAGCAAGUGAGAUUAUCUCAGAGGUUAGAGAUAAAUAAUUGUAGGAAAAUAGGGCAGUAGUUAGUGAGGCAGGAUAGUUUUAAUUAGCGGGAUAACGGAGAUGUGGUUCCACCAUCUUAAUACCUUUCUCCGGUUGAGAUCUAGGCCACAAACAUUCACCAAAAGCAACACCCCCUUUGGUGUCUUGCAAGGCAACUGCCAAAGGUGGAUGUUAAUGCUGCUGGAUUCUUCCCUUAAUGCAGGACCUAAAUGAAACUGGGAAGGGAUUUUGUGCUGAAGGCAGAAGUUCAACAAAAGUAACACAGUGUUUGGUUCUUUUUUGGAGGGGAGAGGUAUUUGCUGAGAAAGGAGUGGAUAGCCAAAAUAGGUGGGAAGUGGAACAUAGCACUUUCCCAAUCCAAAGAAACUGAAAGACAGAAAUGGUGGGCCCUGAUACUGUUCCUAGUCAGCAGUCUGUGCCUCUGCAUGGGGAUCUCUUCCAUGGCAUUGACUCUCCUUGAGCUCUGGACGCUCUUCUGCCAGUUUCAAUCUGUAGACUGACUUAAUCUUUACAUUAAAAUACAAAAAGUCUCUUUUUUAACACAGAGGCUGUUGGAGCAUCUGGUCAGCGUCCUGUUUUCUGUCCUGUGCACAAACAAGAACAGCUAAAACUUUUCUGUGAAACUUGUGACAGACUGACAUGCAGAGACUGCCAGUUACUGGAACACAAAGAACAUAGGUAUGACUCUUCUUCUAUUCCUAUGCUGUUUCUUCACACAGCAGAUGCAUUUAAAGUAGUAUACAGUCCUCAAGUAUUACUGCUAUAUAAUGUGUGAACUUUGUGUCUGUAGCAGAUAGAUUUGGGCUGGUGGUGCUUUGGGCUCUUAAUUCCAGUACUGAUUCUAAGUGGCAAUAGAGCAGUCGUCAGAUUAAAGAAAUCUUAAUCACAUGAAUUUUAGUUGAUAAUUUAAAUUACACAUUUGUACAUGAAUAAAGCAAUAUUUUCGUGGGGAAACAUAUCUUGAUUUUACAUGAUGUGUGCAGCAAGUACCAUCUUAGAAGAGGCAUUUCCUCCAGUGUGAGGUAGAGAAGGGAAAGUGUGUUCAAAAGGAGGGCAUCAGCACCUGCCAUUUUUGUAAGUACAUCUGUUAAAAAUAAUUGACAUUUUCGAUGUAUUGCCCAGUUAAUCAGCAACUGCUUUUUAAUUGAUCAAUUUUAGAAAUAGAUUAUUUUAUACAAAAAUUUCUCUCCCACUUUUUCCUUUUAAAAGGAAAUGCUCAGAGCGACUGACGAAAGCCUGAUUCACAUGUCAUAUUAAAUCAUAGUUAAACAAAAUGAUAUUUUAGUCUGAAUAAGUAGUGUGCUGGUGCAUGUGGUCCAAGGUCCCCAUUUGUGCUGCUGCUGCCUUGUGGGGACAAAACAAGUUUCUUGUUGUAGCUCAAGCUUUGUUUCUCUCCAAACAAACUAUGAGCAAAGGUUUGUUUUUGGCUUACUUCUCAUAUUUGGUUUGGAGAGGAACAAUGAAAAGCCAGGCUAUGGCUUGUUUCCUCUCUGGUGUGGCAGCAUCACAGUGGGGAGGAGUGAAUUGGGAACUAGAAUUUUUUGAGUAGCGUGGACCACAUUAAACUAUGCUGCUCCUUCACUUAAACCAUAGUUCAUUUAACUGUGAUUUAAUGUGAUGUGUAAACAAGGCCAGAGUAUGAAAAGGAACAAAAAAUUAACCGUUCGUGAACUGAUGUAUGCAAUUAGAUGCUAAUAUUUUAAUAGAAUUGGCACUGAUGAUCAUGACACUUUAACAAGGAUUAGGCUAUUAUUGCAUGAGUUCAUUCCGUAGAUUGAUGCAACACUGAAUGUUAAUUCUUUCAAAAUCACUGAGUUUAUGAAAGAAAUAUGAUGCAGCAAAUGGCUACCUCUGGUCAAAUAUACAUGUAGGCAUCAUUUAAGCAGAAAUACCUGUCUUAGCUUCCAUGAUUAGUACUUUGAAGAAUGCAUCUGCAACAUUUCCGCUUCUAUAGCAUUAAUGCAGCUUAAUGAAAACACUUAUCGUUUUCCAGCUGAAUACAUUGAUUUGGUUUGUAAGAUCGCCCUGCUGAACUUUAAACUGGUGACUUCUUAGAGGUAUAGGAAGCUGUGCAUAAGGAAAGAAAAAAUCAGUGUAGUAGUGCCUGCCUCUUUAUGCUAGGAUAUUUGUGUUCAGUCUGUUAUGUUUGCACCUUCUAGGGCAUACUUCUAAGGUAAUUUCCUUAUUUAAAUAUUUUAGUUCUUCAGGGAAAUUCUCAUUAUGUUGUUUCUGGAGCAUGAAAUUCUUGAGGUUUAGAUUGGUCACAGAUUUUUAGAAUAACAUGCUAUUUCAGAAACUUUGACAAUAUUAAUUUGACAUUAAUUAUUAGCAGUAUAUGGAUAGUCGAUUGGGCUUUUUUUUGCUAACCAGUUGGCUGGGUCUGGUUUACUAAAAUAAAGAUGACAAGCUCACAGUAUUAUUCUUGCCUUAUAGAUGGACCACUACAAUUGCUUAGAUUCAUAUGUAAUACAGAUUGCAAUCUGGGCAAGUACAGUACAAAUUUCUGAAACAUGAACCCUGGUAAUAAAAUGAGACAGCAGAUAUAAUUAUCCCCCCAUUCACAGACAUAUGUUCAUGAAUAAUAUUUUCUGGCAUCUGCAGCAGAGAAGGAUAGCAAAAUUUGACGUGCAAACUUCUGCAAAAGUUUGACCAUUUCAUUGUGAUUCCAUAUAUUUGAUUAUUAUUUAAUACUCUUAUGCUGCUUUUCCAGGGUUGAGCUCAGAGCUUUUUAUUCUAAUAAAGUAUUGGAAUAACCUAUACAUAAGUGGUUCAUAAUAUUUAAAAAAACAGUAAAAUAUCAGUGAAGCAAAAACAAACCAUUCAAUGAAUGGACAAUUCAGCAUGAACACAUAACUCAACCUUCCUGAUAAAAUAUUUGUGCAGAAUGCAAAUGAUUUUUCACAAAAUCACCACAUAUAUUCUUAGAUUUCUAGAAACACUGGAUUUUGUUUUGAGAAUUGAAACAGACUAAGAGGUGUUGCUUGGGACGCGGGUGGCGCUGUGGGUAAAACCUCAGCGCCUAGGGCUUGCCGAUCGCAUGGUCGGCGGUUCGAAUCCCCGCGGCGGGGUGAGCUCCCCCACCUAGCAGUUCGAAAGCACCCCUAAGUGCAAGUAGAUAAAUAGGUACCGCUUUAUAGUGGGAAGGUAAACGGCGUUUCCGUGUGCUGCGCUGGUGCUGGCUCGCCAGAGCAGCUUCGUCACGCUGGCCACGUGACCCGGAAGUGUCUCCGGACAGCGCUGGCCCCCGGCUUCUUAAGUGAGAUGGGCGCACAACCCUAGAGUCGGACACGACUGGCCCGUACGGGCAGGGGUACCUUUACCUUUACCUUUAAGAGGUGUUGCUAAUGGCAAUUGAGAUCAUUCUGUUUGCAGGGGGUUGUACUAUAUAACCCUUCCAACUCUACAAUUCUAUGAUUCUUUGUACAAAGGAAAUCCCCAUUUGCAAACCUGUCUUUUAAGCAUUCCUUACCAAUGGUAUUAAUGCAGCUGCCACUUUUCACGUUAGCAAGCUUAUAUUUCAAUCCAGUGUUUCCUCUUACUGCAGUGCUCCUGUUAGAUAAUUGCAUGUUGUCUUUUCUUCGGAAAGGUACCAGUUUUUGGAAGAAGCGUUUCAGAAUCAAAAGGGUGCUAUUGAGAAUCUAUUAGCCAAACUCCUUGAAAAGAAGAAUUAUGUUAACUUUGCAGCUACUCAGGUGCAAAAUAGGUAGGUGAUUAUUAUUAUUUCUAUAAUAAUGCUUAUACGGUAUUGUUUUUCCUUCAGAUGGGCUAGUUUAUAUGAUUACUAAAAUUCUAGCCUCUGAAGAUGGAAGUAGAACAGCUAUUCAGCCUGAUCCAGCAAACAGAAUCCACAUGUACAAAUAGAUUUCUGCAAAUGUUAUCUGUUGUACCAGAUUCACAAGUGCUUGUUCAAUGAAGAACAGUGUGCCCAUGCACUUUGCAGCUUUGGCAGGGAGAGCCUUCCUCACUAACAAGCUAGAACAUCCAGGCAACCUCCCUGGCUUUUUGCGGCUAAAGAUGGAGAGUAUGUGCAUACCAGCUGUGCAGUUACUGCAGCACUGCAGUGUGUUUCAUUACUCUGGGAUCUCAAUUGAUGAAGAGUAGGUUAGAAAUAGGAGUUAAUAAUGCCCCAGGGAGCACAACACAUCAAUAUGACACCAGUGGCACAAUAGGCCGGUGCUUAUAGGAGGCCAAAUAACUACCUGCUUCAGACAGAGAGGUGAAGAUUAAAUUGAAAUAACAGGUUGCACCUUUUAUUAAUUAGUUUUUUUUAAAAAAAAACCAACAACCUAGGUUUCUCUCUGCUAAGUUAGUCCCCCCAAAAGCAAAGAAAGCAGUAGAAUAAACAUUUCAUAACACAUGAAACAUAAAUAUCUAACAAACAUAGAAGGAUAUUUUAAUGUUGAUGGAAGUUGUUGUCCCAUAUUGUAAAACAAAAUUACUUUUAAGAUUUUCCUCUUAAGAAUGAAUGGAAAAUAUGGUUGGACUGUUGUACUGAAGUUGAACAUACUUCAUAUAAAUCUGUAUCUAUUUAUAUAAUAUGUUGAAUUUUUGCUUGAGGGGAAAAAAGGUUAAAGAUGUUGCAAUGCUACUGCCUGACAGCACAUUUCUCUCUUUCAGGAUAAAAGAAGUAAAUGAAACUAACAAACGAGUAGAACAGGAAAUCAAAGUGGCUAUUUUUACCCUCAUUAAUGAAAUCAAUAAAAAAGGAAAAGCUCUCCUACAACAGCUUGAGGUACAACUAAAUGCAUAAUAAAUAAAUAAAAAUAUUUAGCAUGAAUCCUGCUGUGAUCUUUGCACGUAUAUGGCUUCUUCUGUCUUGAAUAACCCUGUGGUUGGUUUUGUCCAUUAUGAAAUUCUUGGCGCAUUUCACACACAAUGCUAGCAAGCAUGAUUACAUUCAAACUUUGAAUAUCUCUGGUUAGUUUAAAUUACGCAGCAAGCAAGCCAAGAGUCAAACUGUGGCUUAUGAUCCUGGCUUGUUAACAGACUGUAGUUUAACCUAACCAGAUUUCCCCCCAGUUUGCACACAAUGGGGAAAUCUAGUUAAUUGCAUUCAUGGCUAUGCUGGAGGAAAGUGGGGAGCAUGUGUGCCUGAGGCUUGCUGAUGCUUGUUCAUGUAGUCCUAAACUACGGCUUAGCUAAGUGCAGAAAGGGCCAUUGAGUUCCUUUCUCAAUAUGCCUGCCUAAAACCAACAUGGAUUGUAAAUAUUCAUGACAGUUCAGUAAGGCACAAAUUGCAGAGCCACUCGGUUACAUGACUUUAAGUGUGCUGCUUGCCGUGUGAUGUCUUAUAAAAAUCUUCUUACCCUUUGUUGAAUGCAUCAUUUUAAAAUUUGAAAUCUCUCAUUGAUACUUGUCCUACCCUUCAGAUUUGUGUGAUCGCAUCCAUACCAUACAUUUAAAGCACUCUUAAGCCACUUAAACAAUCAUGGCUUCCUUCAAAGAAUUCUUGGAACUUUAGUUAAGAGUGCUUGUAGCUCUGUGAGGGGUCUCCUAAUGGCUCACAGCAUCCUUGGGAAAGUACAGUUUGCAGAAUUCUUUUAGUGGCACUAAUUGAAUCUGUAGUUAACAGUUAAAAUUCUUCUGACUUGGAUGCAGAUUAUUAUUUUUUCAGCGGAUGACAAAUUAGUAGUCAUCUACAUUGCAGCUUUGUGUCUCAUUACAAUAUUGGGUUGUUCAUUGCCAAGUCCCCUGUCAUAGGUUGAAAGGGUGUUGGUGAUGUGGGUUGCUCAGAACCUUUUGAAUCGGACAAUUUUCUGAUGACUUUAAUCAGUCUGGAUGAGAUUUUACAUGUUUGGCUUUUAUAUUUCAUAAAGAAAAUGUUUUUAAAAUGCUGAUCUUAUAUGUGGUACCAAUAUCUCAAAAUGGUUUCCAUAGCCAGAUGUAGUUCAGUGGAAAUAUUGAAUAGGAAAAUAAUUCACAAAAUGCACAAUGUGGUAUAAUUUUUAUGGUCAAAUUAUUGUUAUGGGAAUACUUGUAAUUUUUUAAAAAUGCAAUAGCCUAAUAGAAUACCCUUCUCCUUGUUAAAUUUUAAGGAGAAAGACUAAGACACUGAAAGGCACUAUUAACAGUGCAGUCCUAUACAUGUCUUUUCAGAAGUAGCUUCCAUUGAGUUCAGUGGGGCUUACUCCCAGGUAAGUGGGCAUAGGAUUGCAGUCUAAUUUUAGUACACCCAAAGGUACUGUGCUCCUAAAAAAAAGUUAAUUGCAAUUUAGAAAUGGCACAGUUUGAAUGGUAUUCUAUCCAGUCAUUAUGCUACUAAUUAAUUCUUAUGAACAAAUGAAAUUUUAGAACCAGAUGAUUCUUUACAGGAAAAUAAAAAUAGUAAAAAUUUUUUUUUUGUAAAAAUGUGACCUAUAACUGUGAUGUUGCUUUUGUAGAGUUCUUUGAAACUUCACAGGACUUUCAGUGUUUCAAAAUUAUGAUAAAUCAUAUUCAUAUCCAUGUUGUCUUCCUUUGUGAUGCCCAGAGGUAUAGAUUGCCCCACUUUUUGCUUUAAUUUUGAUAAAAUUACUGCGAUGCCUGAAAGCAAGGCUAUUAAAUCCCUAAGCUCUGUGGUAACAAGCACCAAAUGGGAUGGGAUGGGGGAUGUUUAUUGCUGGUGCUAUAUUUAUUUGAUAGGUUAAGUAGGUGAUGACUGCUUGAACCAAACUCGGUCAAAAUGUAGAUAUAAAGCUAGCUUUAACUACUUGCAUCAAAUUAGCACUUUUUGAAGAAAUAAAUCAUAAUGCAAAAUUAUGGAGCAGUUACAAUCCUACUGUAUGUUUUUCCCUUUUUUGUGAACUGCCUUGAGCAUCUUUUAGGUGGAUAAUGUAUAAAAUAAUAAAAUUGUAUAUAUGGAAUGUAGCCAACAUUGUGUGAGUAGAAGGCAGGCUCACAUAGUGGAUCUUUUCUUUCUGCCCUCUGUAUCAUCCCAUCUGUAUCAUCCCACCACCACCCCAAAACAAACAACUGCUCUGGAGGGCUGGGGAUCACUACCAAACAUCACAAGGCUCUGUUGUCCAGUGCUACAGUGGUAGGAAGAAUUGCCCAUAAUCGGGCAGAACAGGAUUUCCCCCUCUUCUCCUCUGAGGCCCCAUCAAUCCACCAAACCAAAGGGUCCCCCAACCUCUGGAGCAGAUUUUGGAAGCAUGCAAAGGGCAAUGGGGAGCAGAGAUAAAGGGAAAGGGCGAGGUAAUAAUAAUAGUAAUAAUGAUAAUAAUAAUAAUAGUAAUAAUUUAUUUGUGCAACUGGAAUCUCAAUCUGCUCGUGCACAAACAUCACUGGAUACAACCCAGCAUUUAUAUUUUAAAAUAAUCUAAAAUAAACUACACUUUUCAGCAUUAUAGGAAGGAAAUACAUCUGAAAUAGUUGCACGCAGUUUAACUAACACUAAUGAUUACAAUCAUGGUUAUUGGGAAAUUGAGGAAGUCAUGUCUAAAAUAAAUCCAUCUGUGAGUCUGAAGUGUGCAGUCAUAAUUAAACUGAAUAAAAAUUGAUGGUAUUGCCAAUGACUAUAAAUAUUAUUUAUUACAAUUAUAUCCAAUUUUCUUCUUUUUGAGUUCUGACAAAGUCUCCCACCCAACCACUUACUUAGCUUCAGCAAGUUUUCAGCAGUGUACAUUUUCAGAUCAUGUCCAUGCCAACAUGAUAAUUGUAAUUUUAAAAAAACAAUUAACAGAAUCCAAUGAAUUGUUUUUGUUCUGCCCAGUGAUCUGUCAGCACUCAGUGCCAGUAUGGCACAAAGUUAUUCUACAAAUAAAAGUCCACUCUCAAAAUGUUGGAUUUUACCCACUAUUUGUUAUAGCCACACUUCUGAUUUAUGUCUGUACUAAGUAUCCACACAUUGCAUAGAUAGAUGUUUUAAUUAUUGCAUUUGGUAUUAUUUUUUAAAAAUGGAUAUGUGUGUACUGUUUCUAUUCAGACUGUAACAAAGGAGAGACAGAUGAAGCUAAUACUGCAGCAGAACGAUAUCAGUGGUCUGUCACGGCAGGUGAAACAUGUGAUGAACUUUACUAAUUGGGCCAUUGCAAGUGGCAGCAGCACUGCAUUACUCUAUAGCAAGCGACUGGUAAGGAAAGCUUUGAAUGCCAGUAUAGCAUAGAUUAUACUCUUAUUAUUGCAUUAAAACAAAGAAUAUUGCAUCACGGGGACCCAUGUUUUUCUUACUCUCAAAGCUUUCAGGUAAGUACAGCUAAUGCCACUUUGCUAAUAUUUGUACAAGUGUUUCCAGUCCACACUUUAUUCCAAACUUGAUAUUUAAAUUACUGUAAAAGUUUGUUUGUUUGUUCGUUUGGCAAGCCAACUAGCCCUGACAUAUGCUGCAUUUUGAUUAGGUAAAUGUAACACUGCAAUACAUAGCGUUGACAAUUAUGUAGGUCUUUCUAGCAGGUGCUCAAUGGUUUUUUUACCUGUUCCUGAAUCUAUAUAGGAGUUGAUGUCAGGCCAGAUAGUUUCUGGUGGUUACCUAGGCUUCAUGAUGGUCAGCUGAGGGGCAAUUUGUUGGCUUCUUUGCAAAGUUCAUGGAGUUAGAUAUUGUUUGAAACAAACAGUUUCACUUGUAUAGACAGUCACUGGACCUUUAGUGCCUUGUAGCUAUAUGUAAUUUAUUCAGUACCAGUGAAGAGAGUCUGAAAAGGACUCCACCAUAACCAUUGAUGGUGUGUUGGUAAGGCAGCUAUAGCAACAACUUGCCUCCCCAAAAGCCUAUGGGAGAAUGCGAUGCUAACAACCAAUACCAAGAGGAAGGUCUACCAGGCUUGUGUGUUGAGCACACUGCAUUAUGGAAGUGAGUCGUAAGCAACUUAACACCCGCCAGGAGCGACACCUCAAUGCCUUAUGUAAGCGCUGUGUCAGGAAGAUUUUGGGCAUCACAUUGUAGGACAGAGUCUCAAACAAAUAUGUGCUCUUCCAAGCUCACAUUCCCACCAUGUCCACACUUCUGUCUCAGCGACGUCUACUGCAGCUUGGUCACGUCCACACAAUGGAAGAUGGCCAGAUCCCCAAAGAUGUACUUUAUGGGGAGCUGUUUUUAGGCACCAGGCCUGUUGGCAGAACCAACUCUGUGUUACAAAGAUGUCUGCAAAUGUGGUAUGAAGGCUGGCAACAUUAACCGUGCCAUGUGGGAAUCCCUUGCAGAUGACUGCAUUGCCUGAAGACAGUCAGGUCAUGUAUCCAUAGUAGUGACCAGAGGAGAAAUGACCGCUGGGAGAAGCACAGAGAGAAGAAAUGCCAUGGUGCUUCUGUAAAAGUGAAACCAGACACCUUUAUCUUUUCUACCUGCAGUAAAACAUGUUUCUCCCAUAUUAGUCUCUACAGCCACAAGAGGCACUUUAACUCUCCAAUGGUUUGACUUUACCCACCCGAUGGCUCACUCUUCCAUUGUCUGUUCAGACAGACAGAUGCCAACAGUUUUAACAGUUAUAUACCACCCAAUGAACAACUUCAUCUGGGUAGUUAAGUUAAAAACCAUAACAGCAAUCACCAAGAGUUCUAAAGAGUAAAACUUUUCCCAAGGAAAUUUUUCCAUUUCCCCUCUCUAGUUCUAGUUACUUGUAAAAACAAAACAAAACACCAGGAUAAAGUAAAAUCAAAAACCAGAAAUUUCAGUUGAUGAAGUUGCCACUUGAUUUGCUUCGAGUCAAAACCAGUUGUUUUAAUGAUGGACUGCAAAUCAGAACUGAAACCCUGGUUGCAUAAAACCAUAUCUGAAUGUGUUUUAUUUGAUUAAGUUUUACUUUGCAUAUUGGACUACAUUUGGCAGCUGGCUUAAAUGUUUAGCACAUUUAUAUAGCAUGGAAAAAUUAAUACAGUAUUUAUAAAAGUUGUGUUUACAUGAUAAUUCAGAUGCCAAUUGAAGUGGGCCAUCAAAAUUUUACUUGCAUCACUGCUUACCACCUUGGAUCAACAUCAGCAGUUGCUGUGAACUGAUCCUGCUCAAUUCUCAGUAAUUCCUGUGUCUGUUUCAGUGAAAGGCAGGAAGCACAUUUUUCCAUUAGAAUUUUGGUACUGGAAUUUGGCAUUUAGCUUGCUGGAGGUGCUGCUGGAAGAUAAGGGGAACAAAUUAGGGGGAAUUUACUAUCAUUUUUGAGUGUUGGUAUGGCUCUCUCAGUUUGUAAUUCCAAAGUGAUAAAAGUCUAGCACCUUGCUCAGGGCAUGUGUCUUUCACAUUGAAUGACUUGAGCUUUGGGUGACACCUUAAUCAUUGAAGCAAAUUAGAAUUUAAAACCAAUUCCAGGGUUUUGACUUAGAAUAGAACUUUUCCCAUGUCAAAUAUGCAUCGUUUGCUUUCUGCUCACAUGGAAAAAUUAAAGUCUUGUUCUAUAUUUUGUGUAUGUUUUCUGUGUUAUCAUUUGAACAUUGGUACAACUAAAGUAAGGCAUGUAUAAAAAUACAAGUUACCACUUAUGAACUCUGGGUGGUAUCAGACUAAGCUAUUCCUAAAAUAGAUCCAUUGAAAUCAGUGGGUUUCAUUCCACUGGGUAUACUCUGAAUGUGGCUUAGUCCUGUGCCACCAUCUAUUUGCUUAAAAUCUACCUUCUUGUAUUUUAGAAGUAAUGCACUUCAGUAGUAAUUCUCUUGCGAUCUCAUGUUUGUAUCCUGCAAUUCUUCUAAGUGACUGAAAAUAAGGUUUAGCUUAUUUCUAUGAGAUAGGUUAGGAUAAGAGAUGGCAGCUUGCUCAAAGCCACACACAGUUGUUGACAAUUUGCAUUUUGUUUUGUCGACUUCUUUUUGUUGACUCUCCGCACAAUGUCAUCACUAAUCUGAGAGUGUUUGUCUUCUCACAGAUCACGUUCCAGCUGCGACAUAUUUUAAAAGCACGAUGUGAUCCUGUCCCAGCUGCUAAUGGAGCAAUACGCUUCCAUUGUGAUCCCACAUUCUGGGCAAAGAAUGUAGUCAACUUAGGUGAGAGGGUGUUCCAUUUUUCUGAAAGCUGAAUUCAAUGUGCAAAAAUUCUUAAUAUGAUGAGUAGCAUGAACUAGAUAGAAUUUUCUGUAGACUACCACUAAAAUUGGUGGUAGUGUCUUGGAUCCAUUCAUACCAGGAAGCUUUUUUCCACUGUAUAAUUGUAUAAAAUUAUCUGACUUUAAGCAGACAUUAAGCCAAACUCCCCUUGUUUGGCAAGUCCUCUCCUCUCCUGUGCACAUGAUGAACUGUCAUCUGUUUGCUUGUAUGGGGUUGGAUCCGAGCCAAAGCUUUUAUAACGUAUGCAGCCACUACCCAGAUGCUUCUCUCAAACUAUGCUUCUGCUUUGCAUGCAACUCCCUGUCACUAGAAUAGUUCUCUCUACAGUCUGGAUGCAUCGUUAUUCACUUGGAAAUUGAUAUGCCUUAAUAGGUAGUGCUGCACUGUUGUUAAUCAUUGAAUAUGGUGGUGUUACUUCAGAUGCUUCUCCAGAUUUUAGCUUGAAUAGUCUUCUAAGAAAGCACUGUGACAAGAGAGGUGGAGUGAUGAGCAGGCACCACAGAGGGGAGGGGAGGGUCAUGACAGUGGUGAUGACGGAGGAGUGGAGAGUGUCUCCUGAACUACAUGCAAGAUUGCUCUGUAUAUUUCAGUAGUGAUUCCAUGUACUCUGUUGGUCAUUCCCUUCUAUCCCUCUCUGGUAAUAAAGGACACCGGAAAGUGUCAGUCUACAAUCAGUGUGCUUCCUUGAAGGGGAAAGCAAUUGAGGGUCAAAUCUGGUAGCCCACAUUCCGGUGUUGAAAGAAGACUUGUUUGUUCCAAACUUCUUAGUAUGUUAGGCUGCAACAUACUAGUUGCCGUAUUUCUGUAAACAAAGAAGUAGAAAACAAUAGGAAGACAUGGAAUACUCAGUCUAGUAUUUGUCCUGUAAUAUGACUUAGUAAUAUGAGUAAUAAUUUAUACCAGCUAAACAGGGCUGAAAACUUUCCAGAACUUUUAGCAGCACAUUUUAGAUAUUCUAAGAGAAAAUUGGGCACCAGAUUCCAACUGGUCCCAAAAUACUUUUGCAUGGUAUCGGCAGGACAUUUUGGCUUUAAAGACUCAUUAACCUUCCUUAUAGCAACAGAUUAGAAUGAGUAAAAACAAGAUUCCUUCAGUGACGCAAUGACUGAGCAAGGUGCAUGCGUUCUUUGGCAUGGCAAAGCUCUAGCAUCAAGUGAGAGACAGCUUCACAGGAGAGAAAUCUAUACCUUCAUGCAUGGCUCUGCAGCUUUUGGCAUAUAUAGAAGGAGAAAGGGCAAUAGCAGGCAAAAUCUCAUUUAGAUCCAUGUUUGUGUAUUAAAAUCCCUUCCUUCAUAUACCUCCCCAUAGUAACUACAAGUAAUAUAAAAGAACAGAGAACGUUGAUGAGAGAAUUUGUUGGUUGGAUAAUUAAGAGCCAGUAUAGGAUACUGAGCAAAAUAGAUUACAGCCUCUUAGGUGUGUACAAAGGCUUACAUGUCCAUACCAGGUUUUUCCCGUGUUCUUCUCCAGCAGCAACUCCUCUUACUCUGUUGGAGGACACUUUCGAGGUUCCUCAAGCUUCAGGGCAGCUUGUUGGGCACUGUGAGGGGAUGCUUCUGGAAAGGGGGAGGUAUCGGAACCCCCCACUACAUGUGCAGAGCUCAUCAUGCGGCCCUUUGGAUUGGGGCUAUACAUUGGGAACUGAAAAAGGUAUUGGAAAUGAAGUCUUGGAAACUACAUUAAAAAAAUAAUAAUUUCAGAGGAAUCCUAGAGGGAGCAGAAAGUAAAAAUAAAUCAAUAAAUCUUGUCUUUAAUUUACUGAAGAAUGAACAGUGAUGAGGAUGGCCUUUGACAAAUGCAUAUGACUAGAACAAAUCUCUAGAAUCAAUGCAAGGAUAAUUCUGAAACUGGGGAAAACCAUGGGUGUCAUUGUCAAGUUCCUAAAUAAACUGUUAAGAGAGGGGUCUCCCAUUGUGGUUAAUGGUACUGGAGUGCAAGCACUGAUUUGGCUCCAGUAACACUGAAGAAAAGAUUUCUAAGUUAUAAUUAAUUUUAGACCUCCGUUCAAUAAAUAGUGGGUGUGUGGUCUUGCUUAAACAGAUUGUCACCAUUCCAGGAAGUUGUAUUUGUUUUAGAAUUACUAAAGUUGAGUCGAAGUUGUGAUGCAAGAAAAUCUAAAAAUAUUUUAAUUAAGAAUUAUGGUUCAUGUAAGAAAUAACCAGCUACACAAAUCAUUGCAACUUACAGUAGAAUAGCUUCAAGGAAGUUACUAGUUUUAUAAUUCAGAUGAUCAAGAAAAGGACCAAAAACUGGGCAAAAGAAAACAGAUCUUGCUUGUUUAAAAAUGCAGAGGGGUAGUUACACAUUUAUCAAACAAUUCACAUUAAUUUGCAGAAAGUUUCUUGAGCAACGAACAAAUGCAAAGCUUUUAGCUAAAAUGGAGAAUUGAGAUGCUUGUGUUCUGUUUUGGUGACACAAAUUCAGUUCAUUAUAAGUAUUUUAAGAUGCAUUAAUCUGGAUUUCUGUAAAACCAGCUUAGAGACUGUCCAAGAGACAAGUGUCUGUUGGGCGUGUGCAAGCGACUCUAUAUGCACACUAGGACUUCCUAUAACUCUUGCUGCUUCAGCUGUGUCAGAGGUCUGUGGUUUGAAAAAUUGUACUGCAAAGGCAUUAGUACGUGCUCAGAAGCUUCCCAUAUAGUCUUUUGAAUCUGGGGCACAGUACUUAAAAUGUAAAAUUGGGGAUGGGGGACCUAUAGCCUUCUAAGUGUUCUACAACUCCUAUCAUUCCUGAACUUGGCCAUGCUGGCUGAAGCUGGUGAGAGGGAGUCCAACAACAUCUGGAGGAUCACAGUCUCCCCAUACUUGUGUUAAAGUUGUGAAUCACUCAAAUUCCUGUUUGAAUAAUGAAACAGAAAAAUCAUAUUGCUAAAUAGCGUGGUCUUAUUUACAAAUAACUUGCAAGCGUCUUUGCAAGCAUCUCUCACCGCUCAACUUAAUCUUUGAAAGCAAGCUGUUGUGUAGUUCUGAAUUGAGGGACACUGCAGUAUUUCAGCUCAGUAUCACUGCACAAGACAAGGGGUGGAAUUAAAUGUUGCACUCUUCUGAUUGUUCCGUCUUCUGAAGCAUUUCAGCAAUCUCCUCCUUCCCCUCCGCACAAUGUUAUGGGGGUUCUCCCAGUUCUUCAGAGUGGAAUUGGAGGAGGUGGCAGGGAGGUGAGGGGAAAGCCCUGUUGCACUACUGAGAGCCCUUGUGCUGACUUCUGCUAGCAUGCCGGCUUAGUUGAAUCAGAAAGAUAAUUUGUUUAAUGUGAUUAUAAUUGAAAGACUCUUACAUGUAAAGAAACACAAGGCCCCUAUUAUCCUAAAAUGGUUAUAAAUGUUCUGAGGUUUUGUUUUAUACUUAGAGCAUUAACAGAAAACAGUAAAUUAUCUUAUUUUUUUAAAAACAACAACAACCCCCCCUCAUAAAAUACAGCAUGGCUAUAAAAUAAAAAAAUAAGUUUAAAUGAUCCGAAUAAAGCCAGAAAAAACCAGAACAAUGUUCUAAUGGUCCCAAAGCACCUAAACAUGUUUCUAAAAAUGAAAAGACUGGGGGAAGGGUUUUUACCUGGCAUCAAAAUAACUACAGCUUGGGAGCCAGGCAACUGUCUCUGGGGAGGAUAUUCCAUAACCCGGACACCACUUGCAAAAGGCCUCUGGAGUAAAAACUACAGAGCUAUAUUUGUAUGAUUUUCUAUCUUCAUUUUUAGUCUCUUAAGUAUUAAAUGUGUUUCCUUUAAAAACCUCUAGAAUGCUUAAAGUUACAAUAUAUAAUUUGCAUAUUAUGCACAAGCAAUAAUUACUCUGUAUUUAAGUCUUUUUCCUUCUAAUGCUAUGGAAAUGAGUUCAUAAAAUAUUGAAUGCUUAUUGAUGACACAAAAUUACUUUGUUGCAAAAAUGUGUUGCAUGAAGUUGAUUGUGAUGUAUCUUUAUGCAUAGAACUAAGGUAAGAUAUGGGUACAUCAGAACCAAUAUCUUAUUUAAAGUCAAUAAGGAAGUGCAAAUAAUUACCAGUCUCUGAAUAUAUUGAUUAAAAGUAUAUUUAUUUUUAACUUUUUAGCUGCUGUGAAGCUAGGGUGUACAUAGUGUAAAACUGCUAGACUGUUAACAUUUAGCUUAAAAUAAAUAACUUUGUGACUGACCAAUUCUCUCUCCUGUUGUUUAGGUAAUCUUGUUAUUGAAAACAAACCAACCCAAGGUUAUACUCCUAAUGUAGUAGUGGGACAAGUUCCUCCGGGAACUAACCACAUCAGCAAACCUCCACCGCAAAUUAAUCUUGCACAGCUUCGGCUCCAGCAUAUGCAACAGCAGGUGUACGCACAACAAAAACACCAGCAGUUACAACAGAUGAGGAUGGGGCAGCCUGCAGGGCAGAUUCCUCGCCAGGCAGGCCCACAGAUGCUGCAGCAACAGGCAAGUUUCAGAUGAUCUAAAUUAAGACACUCAUUGUAGACACUAAAGUGCACCUUUGGUACUUUGAGUUCUAUCUUAUUCCACAAAGUUUAAGGUAGGAUUUACAGUGCUGUCUUGUAAAGCACAAAGAUGCAUCUUCAUUUACUUCACUUGGCAAAGAGGACUGCUUUUAUCUCAUCUUUUAAAAUACAUAAUGUUUUGUAGCCUCCGAGGUUGAUAAGUAUGCAGACCAUGCAGAGGGGAAUGAAUUGCGGUGCUUUCCAAGCCCACCAGAUGAGAAUGGCUCAGAACACUGCUCGUCUCCCAGGGAUACCGCGCCACAACGGGCCCCAGUACAUGAUGCAGCCACACUUACAAAGACAAGUAUAUGCUGUGUGCACAUUUUGUUUCCCAUCUUUGAUUCUGGACUUUUGAUUCAGCUCGGCUUCUAUGUAUAUAUAUCAACUGUGAAACCUCUUUUAAAGGGACAUCUACUUCCAUGUUGCUGGCUGUUUAAAGAGCCGCAUAAUAGGAAUCUUGUAAAAUUUUGGAUAUUACUAGCCACAUGCAGAGUAUUUAAGCUAAUGGAGCAUCUAAUAAAUGCACUUGCAGCCACAUUUUACCUUUCACAACUUUAUUGCCUUUUGGCUGGAUAACCAGCAUGUUAAUAUGGGAAUAAUUUGUUACGUUCUCCGAUUGAGGGGGAGUAGAAAGCUUGCAAAAAGGUUUUAAAAAGAGGAGAAAAAGUUUAUGCUUAAAAUUUCUAUGGAACCUUCUGACCUAUAAAAAAGUGAAUAAAAUGCAAAAUGUUUUAGAAGGUUUAAAACAAUUAUCAGCAAUGGGAAACUCAUGGAGAGAAUUGCAGGAAAGCAACAAGCUUUGAAAAUUUCCAGUUUUGCAUAGGAAAGACUUUGCUCCUUAUCAUAACAAUAUUUUCUCUCUCUUGCUUCCCCCUCUCCUUUGUCUUGGCAGCAUUCAAACCCAGGACAUGCAGGUCCCUUCCCAGUUGUUUCAGUGCACAAUAAUACUAUCAACCCAACAAGCCCUACAACAGCCACCAUGGCCAAUGCGAACCGUGGUCCAACAAGCCCAUCUGUAGCAGCAAUAGAGCUUAUUCCAUCAGUAACCAACCCAGAAAAUUUGCCUUCCUUGCCAGAUAUUCCUCCUAUACAGGUUAGUAUGCUAUAUGAAAUCAGAUGAAAACUAAUAAUACAACAUCAGAAUUUCUAGAUAUCAGUUGUGUGUUUCGUGUCAACACUUAAAAAACUGUAUUGUAAAGGUACAUUUGACUUGGGUCAUCUUCUCAUAAACUGACCAGAAUCGUCUUGUUUUCCUAAUCAGCUAUGAAACUCACUGGACAAAUCGCUGUGUCUCCUCCUAAUCUGCUUUACUCUUUCAUUGCAUUUUACACCAUUUAGUAUCAGUAUUCUUAUUUAGAAUCUUUUUUUGCUGGGGGGCGGCAUUUAUGAUUUUUGAAACCUGUGUCUGAAUUUAUUCUGCACUGAAACUAAAAUGCAGGAAAUGUUUUCAGUUCAGCUGUAUGUAUUCUAAGGUAGGGAUUGCUAACUCAUGGGCCACAUGGCUGUUUUUGUGUCCUCCCAGUUUGUCAUUUAAUGAAUUAACACCCCCAUGUGCUUCUAUGGGUCCUCUGCAGUGAUGCCACAAGGUUUUUUGUUCCCAGCCCACAAGCACAUACACAAGGCUUUCCAAAUGUGUCCAUUAAAAGUGUGUUUUUAACUUCUAAAACACUUCUACUAUCAUGCCAAAAUGUGUGUUUUAUUUGGGGGUUUCACUUAAUUGAUUUUGUAACUCCCUCACAACCUCCCUAAACUGUGUCCUUAAAAAAAAGGCCACACAGUAUUUUUCAUUUGGGACCUGCCUACUUUUACAUGAAGUUCCCGUAGUGUUGAUUACUGAUGGGUCAGUGCUACCCUUGGACCUUGCUUGAAGGAAAAGCCCUACUACAAAAUAAAUGUAUUCUUGUUUAAAACUAGUACAGAUGUCCUAAACUAUUUUUUGCCAUCCACCCUGAUCAGCUUUAAAAAAAUAUGAUAUAUUUUCCAUUCUUCUAGUGGCAACCCUUUUAGUAAUAUUGAAAGCAUAUGGUUUCUCCCUGUCUAUGUUUAUUGUCCUAUAUUUGAAUAAGAUAGUUAAAACAUACAAAUCAGGGCAACUUCAUGAGUAAAAUAUAAGGUGCAGUGAAUGAGUUCCAUAAGCAGAGAGUGGAAGUUGUUCUGAAUGUAGACCUCUCUGACACAAACCUAUGCAUCAGUAUUGACAACUGAGUUUGAAAUAAGCUUGCUUCAUAAAACUCACUGAAUUCUAAGAUUUUGCUACAAUAUUCUAUGCUAAAGUUUAUUAAUAAUUUGUAGCCAUGUAAUUUCCUAGACUCCUUGAUUACACAUGCAGGAAUAUAGCAAAUACAAAUAUGGCAAAACUGAGUAUUCAUCUGUUUGUUUCCCCUUAUUAUGUGAAUAAGUGCUAGUGCUUUAAACUCCUUCAGUGAAAAUACAGAUGAUCCUCAAGCUGUCAUUUCUAGCAUGCUGCAUUUAGACUUGGCAGAAUCACUGUGUGGCUGUCCUCCUUUAUUUCAGCUGGAAGAUGCUGGUUCCAGUAACUUAGAUAAUUUACUAAGUAGGUAUAUCGCAGGCAGCCAUCUACCCCCUCAGCCUAUAAGCAGUAUGAAUCCCUCCCCUGGGCCCUCAGCCCUGUCUCCAGGCUCAUCAGGUAAGCUGGGAAGAGGCAGUGGGCAUCUGUACAUUUCUGCUUAAAUUGAGACCUGCUUAAAACAACCAGCAACUUUAAUAAUGACUGCUCCAAAUACUUUAAAGAAAUUUGAUGUUUCCAGUACAUUUUCUCAGGUCUUAACAUCCCUGUUUUUAAUUUCAUCCAGUUAUUUCUAGUAACUUCUGCAAUAAUGCUGAUGAGCACUUCUUUCUCUCUUCCAGUGUCUGUACCUUUUAUGUAGCUGUGAUUUAGCCCAAUUUUUAUGCAUGAAAUAAUUUCCCCCUCAUGAAAUAACCUGUAAAUGAGAGGGCUAUAAAAAGGAGUACAGCAUUGUAGCCACCAGCUCACUAGAAAGAGUAACCCAGUCUGUGCAGCAAAAAGAUUCCUGCUCAACAAGUCGCAAGAGGAAAUAGAUUUAAAACAGUAUUAUUGUGGCUCAUGAGCGCAAUAGUUUUAAAGUACAUACCAGCAACUAUUGCAUUGUGACUACAGGCUUUAAUCUUGUGAGCGUUAAAAUUAAGUUUUCUGUACCACCCAUCGUCAUUGUUUCCAAGGCAGUUUCCAGAAAACCAAAGCAAUAAAAUCACAAUAUCAUAAUAUACAACAAUAGUUCAUAAAAUGAGUGCAAUUGUCAUGGCUAGUAUGGAGCUGAACAGCAAUGUCUUUUCAUAUCUGUUCCAUGCUCUGGUGCUUCUGUACUAUUUAUAUAGUCUUGCAGCUGUGUAAUAUUCUGUGCCAGAGUGCAAUUGAAGUCCUGUUCUUGAAAUUCAUCUGCCACUGUGAAAAUUCAGUCUAGCAUAACUUGCCUAUUUGUGCCACUGCUGUGGAAUGUUGGAAGUAAGUGCAAAAUACAGAGAGGAGGAGAAACUGGGUUUAUAGACCUUUCUCUACACACCUGGACAAAUGGCAGCACUAAAAUUGCUCUGAAUUAUACUUCAUACUUCACAGUGUGUAAGGUCUCUUUAAAAAUGUAUUGCUAGUAAAUCAGCAUGCAGUCCCGUUUUACUCUGCACUCCAACCUUUUCAGUUGUCUCUGAUUAUUCCCAGGGUUGUCAGCCUAUAUUAGUGUAGGUUCUAUUUAAAUGUAUAAUAUGUUUGUGGUUAAUAUGCAGUCAGUAAUAGUCUUUUAUAAUAGUUGCAUCAGAAUAAAGUAAUUGGGAUUAGAAAUCAUAUAGGGCUUGACUUAAGACGUAAGAAAUCAGAGCAACUAUUUCAUUUAAGGGGGGGAAAUUGUGAGAUUAAUUAACGUGAAAUGACAUUGAAUGUAGAAGUUUUGAAUUAUUUUAUUACUAGUGGUAAUGUCUGUGCUGAUACAUAGGGUAUUGCUUGCAUCACGUUAGAUGUGCAGUUAUACAGCUCAUGCUGCUGGUGUAAACAAUGAUUCAUCCUUCUUAGGUUUAUCCAAUUCACACACCCCUGUGAGGCCACCUAGUACCUCCAGCACGGGCAGUAGAGGCAGGUGAGUUGAAUGGUUUCAAAACCAGCUACUAAGUUAUUGAAGUGUAUAGAGAACGAAAUGCAUAUUACAGGAUUUUAAAAAAUCCCGUUUAAGAGACACAUUGAGGCUUUUAAAAAUCAUGUGCCAAAAAAUAUGGAAAUUGUAAAGCUCCCAUUUUGACCACUGCACCACAUAAAGAGGAAAGGCAUUAUAUAUUCUCUCAUGUUUUGAUCACUUGCAUUUAAGUUCUGUGCACACACACUUUAUUUUGGUCUUUCAGCCCCCACUUCUGUCCUCUACCACAGAGGAACAUAGUAGUUGAUGACAGAACACGGGUGGCAGGGAGCCAAAGCACAAAUUAAAUAGGGCCAAAGGAUUCACAUUAUGUGUGUGUGUUGUGUGUAUGUGUCUAUAUCUCUACAUACACAAACACAUACCUUUCUUUGCUUUCUGAGCUGUUCACUGAGACAGCUCCUUUCUGAGCAUGGAAACCGAGCAAGCUGUUAAUGGAGAAAGAUUGCUCUUUUCUUCCCUGGGCAGCUGGGCAGGGGGACUCAGCCAUGCCCCUUCUGCCCUAUUGCUCCUCUGUUUUUACCUAAUAAAUGGGGGGAUCUCAGGAAGGGAAGGUUUAAAUCUCUCCACUUCACAGUUUUCACUUCCACCAAUGCUGCUUAGCUGAUCAGAAGGUAGUAGGUCAACUAUGGGGAAACAGUGGCCUAGGAGGAGGUAAAACCCGUGGAGAGACUGGUAGAUUCAAGGUUUCCAAUCACUGCUGUACAGGUUAGGAGAACAGCCACUUGGGGUAAGUUCUAAAUCAAUGUUUAAUAAUAUAUAUGCUUGUAUUUUUUUUUUUUAAAUAAUUUUUAUUAAAGUUUUAAACAAAGAAAAAAGAAAAAACAACACACACACAAAAAACAAUACAAAAUUUAACAAUAGAAACACACAACAUAACAAUUUAAAACAAACUCUCUUUUAGAUUCCCAAUUUUAAAUUACUUAUUUUCUGGACUUCCUCAUACCUCCCUCUUUUGUAUUCCAAUCUACAUUAUUUGUCCAGCAGUUUCUUUUCCACUUUUUUAAACCCAAUCUUUAAUUUAAUGAAAUAUUAAACUAUAUAGCUUCAGCUUUUUUAACAUAAUCCUUGUUCUUAAUAUCAUAUACCUUUAAAUUUUUCUCUUUUAUUAUCAAAUUUCCAUUUCUUUAAACAUCUUUAAUCUUUAAUCUUUAAUCUUAAUCUAUCCUUAGCUUUAACCUGUACAGCUGGAAACCACUUAUUUUCAAUCCAACAUCACUCUAGCAUUCCUUAAUUUUGCAGUGUUUCUGAAGAUAGUCUUUGAAUUUCUUCCAAUCUUCCUCCAUCGACUCUUCUCCCUGGUCACGGAUUCUGCCAGUCAUUUCCGCCAAUUCCAUGUAGUCCAUAAGUUUCAUCUGCCAUUCCUCCAGCGUGGGAAGUUCUUGUGUCUUCCAAUACUUUGCGAUAAGUAUUCUUGCUGCUGUUGUUGCAUACAUAAAGAAAGUUCUAUCCUUUUUAACACCAUUUGGCCCACUAUGCCCAGGAGAAAGGCCUCUGGUUUCUUGGGGAAGGUAUACUUAAAUACCUUUUUUAAUUCAUUAUAUAUCAUUUCCCAGAAAACCUUAAUCUUUGGGCACGUCCACCAAAGGUGAAAAAUGUAACUUCAGUUUCUUUACAUUUCCAACAUUUGUUAUCGGGCAAGUGAUAGAUUUUCGCAAGCUUGACUGGGGUUAUGUACCACCUGUAUAUCAUUUUCAUAAUAUUCUCUCUUAAGGCAUUACAUGCCGUAAAUUUCAUACCAGUGGUCCAUAACUGUUCCCAGUCAGCAAACAUAAUGUUGUGUCCUACGUCCUGUGCCCAUUUAAUCAUAGCCGAUUUUACCGUUUCAUCUUGAGUAUUCCAUUUCAGCAGCAAGUUAUACAUUCUUGACAAAUUCUUGGUAUUGGGUUCUAACAAUUCUGUUUCUAAUUUUGAUUUUUCCACCUGGAAGCCAAUUUUCCUGUCUAAUUUAAAUGCCUCCAUUAUUUGAUAAUAAUGAAGCCAGUCUCGCACUUUGUUUUUAAUUUUUCAAAACUCUGCAAUUUCAGUCUAUCUCCGUCUUGUUCCAAAAUUUCCCAAUAUUUCGGCCAUUUGACCUCCAUAUUGACCCUUUUCAAGGCUUUCGCUUCCAUUGGUGACAGCCACCUUGGGGUUUUAUUUUCUAACAAAUCCUUAUAUCUAAUCCAAACAUUAAAUAAUGCUUUCCUGACAAUGUGGUUUUUAAAUGCUUUGUGUGCUUUGACCUUAUCAUACCAUAAAUAUGCAUGCCAUCCAAAUACAUUAUUAAAACCUUCCAAAUCCAAAAUGUCAGUGUUUUCAAGAAGUAGCCAUUCUUUCAACCAGCAAAAAGCUGCUGAUUCAUAAUAAAGUUUGAGGUCUGGCAGGGCAAAUCCACCUCUUUCCUUUGCAUCUGUUAGAAUUUUAAAUUUUAUUCUAGGUUUCUUGCCCUGCCAGACAAAUUUAGAAAUAUCUUUCUGCCACCUCUUGAAACAGUCCAUUUUGUCCACAAUCUGCAAAGUUUGAAACAAAAACAACAUUCUAGGCAAUACAUUCAUUUUUAUCGCAGCAAUACGGCCUAGCAGUGAAAGCUUCAAGUUUGACCAAAUUUCUAAAUCUUUUUUCACUUCUGACCAACAUUUUUCAUAAUUAUCUUUAAAUAAAUUCCCAUUUUUGCUGUCAUGUUAAUCCCCAGGUAUUUAACUUUCUUAACCACUGUUAACCCUGUCUCAUUCUGAAACCUCUCUCUUUCAAGCGGUGUUAAAUUUUUCUCUAAAACCUUGGUUUUUGAUUUGUUCAAUUUAAAUCCUGCCACUUGACCAAAUUCUUGAAUCAGUUCUAAAACCCUUUUUGUACUAGAUUCUGGCUCCUGUAACGUCAAUACUAAGUCAUCUGCAAAUGCUCUCAAUUUAUAGUGUUUAGUUCCGACCUGUAUACCUUUAACCAACUGGUCCCUUCUAAUCAUGUUCAGCAACACCUCCAGGACCGAAAUAAAGAGAAGAGGGGAAAUUGGGCAACCUUGUCGUGUCCCUUUUUCAAUUUUAAGUUCUUCCGUCACAACGUUAUUUACAAUUAAUUUAGCCUUUUGUUCUGAAUAAAUUGCACUUAUACCAUUCUCAAAACCUUGGCCUACCCCCAUACCCCGAAGAUUCUUCUUCAUAAAAUUCCAAGAAAUAUUGUCAAAGGCUUUCUCCGCGUCUACAAAUAUCAACACUGCUUUAGUGUUUAUAUUCACUUCUAAUUUUUCCAAAAUAUCAAUUAUAUUCCUCAGAUUAUCAGACAAGUGUCUUCUUGGGAGAAAGCCCGCUUGGUCUUUAUGAAUCUCUUCCAACAGCACCUUUUUAAAUCUCUUCGCCAAAAUAUCUGCAAAAAUUUUGUAAUCCACAUUAAGUAAUGAUAUUGGGCGGUAGUUCUUUAGUUGAGUCUUUUCAGCCUCUGUUUUUGGUACAAGUGUAAUAUAUGCUUCUUUCCACGACUCUGGUGCCCUCCUCCCUCCAUUAUUUCGUUACAGACCUCUUUCAAUGGUUGAAUUAACCAGUCUUUUAAAGCUCUGUAGUAUCUAGAGGUCAAACCGUCUGGGCCUGGAGAUUUACCCAGUUGCAUAUUUUGAAUGGCACCUUCUAUUUCCUGUUCCGUUAUUCUAUCAUUCAGAAUUAGUCUCUUUUCUUGAGAUAUUUUUUGUAAUCCAUUUGUUUUCAAAAAUUGGUCUAAGUCUGUUUCUUUCACGGGCCCUUGAGUGUAUAGUCUUUUAAAAUACUUCUGGAGGGUUCUGUAUAUUCCUUCCAUCCACUUCUAUAUUCGUAAUCGUAUUUAAUUUUUGUCUCUUUUUCAUUUGCCAUGCCAGUAAUAUAUAUGCUUGUAAAUUAUAUAUAAAAAGGUUGAUAAUGAACCUCAUGCUGCAGAGCCCCGUCUGCGUAUGUUGAAGCAAAAGUAAGACCACCAAAGUUAUUAUUUAUGCCUUAUAUAGCCUGUUGUUCCUGAAUGUGAACUAGUCUGUUCAUAUAUGGAAUGUAGGGGGCCAAUGUGCAGCAAGGGGGCCACUGCCACUGUGGUGAUUCUUAACUUUAUCGUUGCUCCUAAUCUAGAGGGUUGAAACAUGAAGGGGAAAUGCAUGAAACGUUAGCUGAAAAUUAGCACAAUAUGUGAAAGUACAAUAAGAGGAAUGCAGUAUUGCGCUCUUCUGAUAGUUCCAUCAGUGAAAGUGUUUCAGCUUGCCAGAUGGAAUUAUCCUCCCUUCUCCUCCUGCUGUUCUGGGGGUUCUCCUGACCAUCACCACCCACCAGGCAGAGGGGAGGGUGCUGGGGAAGGAGAGGGAAGACGCCUUAUUGCAGGCUUCCUCAACCUCAGCCCUCCAGAUGUUUUGAGACUACAAUUCCCAUCAUCCCUGACCACUGGUCCUGCUAGCUAGGGAUCAUGGGAGUUGUAGGCAAAAAACAUCUGGAGGGUCAAGGUUGAGGAAGCCUGCCUUAUUGUGUAAACUGAAGCCCCUGUGUUGGGGUUCUUGUAAGAGCUGUGGUUAUUGAACAUCUAAAAAAGCAAGCGUUGAUGAGGAAAAAUCAGCUCUGCAUUCUUGAAAGGGAAUUGCCACCUUACCAAACUUAUAGAAGUCUUGAAUUUCUCACUUUAAAAACAGUGCAUGAAGUCAGUGAAAGGGACUCUACAGUGGUUUACUUGGAUUUUUGAAAGGUAUGCUUUUUAUCAGCAAAAAAGAUCAGGAAACAAGACCCUAACUCCUCUAGCUAGAGUGUUUAAAUUUCAGUGAGCAAUUUUUCUGAAAUUUGAACAGCUUGUAUAUCUCUCUCAAAAGAUUCUCCAUACCAGACUCUAAUGACAGAGGCAGAUUUGAUAUUUAGGACAUACUGAUUUUAUGUUUGGUAAAGUGCUAAAAAUCCAUUCCCUCUCUAAUUUGGAACCACUUCUACAGCUGUAAAAACCAACUUGGUUAUGAUGCCUCCUAACCAAGUGCUUUAUCCACUUACGGGCACAAUUGCUUUCACUAAUUAUAUGGAAUUUUUAAUUAUUUUAGUUCUAGCAUUUUGAAGUGCAAUUUAAAAUGUGUUCUUAAUCUCUUUGCUUUCCAGCUGUGGUUCAUCAGGCCGAACGGUGGAAAAGAACAAUAUUAGUUUCAAGACUGAACAUGUGAAAGUUAAACAGGAGCCAGGCACAGAAGAAGAGGUAUGCAGUUACUCGGGACCAGUGAAGCAAGAAAAAACAGAGGAUGGCAGGAGGAGUGCUUGCAUGGUAAAAAUCUAUUUGUAUGUUGUACAAUUUAUCAUGCAAACUAUCAGCAAAGAGAACUGAGGGCAUUUAUAUUUUAUUGUUUUAGGAGAGUUGUGUUACUUCCGGAACCCUCCCCCUUAGGGCUUGCCCAAUUCUCUCUCUCCCUACAUUGCAGUAGUGGCCAGUGAGGUGAUACAGGUGGGGCUCAGUUGGUCUCCUGGCUUCCCAACACCAUGAGGGUCACUGCUUCCCUCCUCCUCCUUAGCUGUUAUUGUGCAGUAGGUUACAAUGCCACCUUUCUGUGGCCAAGAGUGAUGAUACUAUUAGAUUUUUUUAUAAUACAUUAUAGAAAAAGUAGUCAUUCCAAUGCUCAUUUUCUAACUCAGGAGUUAUUUGGAGAGUUUCACAUGGGAUUAGUUUGAAACAGAUUUGCCACGUCAAAGAUGACCCUUCAAAAUUAGUAAUUUCUGGCACAGAGGAAGCAAGCGAUACAGUACCUAGUUUCCAUAGGAAUUGUGUAGAGCCAGUAUUGCUGGGUUCCCAUCCCGUUGCACAAUUCAAAACAGGCCUCCUAUUUCAAAAUACUUUAAGCUUGUUAAAAUAUUUACCAAAUAUAGUGCACUGAAAACUGUACAACUUGUCUGAGAAUUGUCUGCACAUGCAUGUGCAUGUUGACAUUUCCCUUUUGUUGAAAUUCUUUGUUUACAGUCUACCCCAACUUCAUCUUUUUUAAAAAAUGUUUUAUCAAUUUUCAAGAAUACAACUGUAAAAGGUCAGUAAGAUGUACAAACCAGUCAAAGAAAAAACGUAACUGUGACUUAGUGAAGUACAUAGGAUGUUUAUAUCAUGUUUUUCAUCUUCAACAUUAAGAAGUAAAUAGGGAGCGAUGGGAGGGUCAGUCCAUAGCAUUUUGAUAAAGCUGAGCUGAAUGGGGGAAAGAGCUGUGGAGACAUGGAAGUACAGUGGUGCCCCGCAAGACGAAUGCCUCGCAAGACGGAAAACCCGCUAGACGAAAGGGUUUUCCGUUUUUCAAUGCGCUUUGCAGGACGAAUUUCCCUAUGGGCUUGCUUCGCAAGACGAAAAUGUCUUGCGAGUCUUGAGAUUUUUUUUCGCUCCCCCCCCCUUUUUCUAAGCCGCUAAGCCUUUAAAAGCCUUUUAGCAGCUAAGCCGCUAAGCCUUUAAUAGCCUCUAAACCGCUAAUAUCGCUAAUCCGCUAAGCCGCUAAUAGGGUUGCUUCGCAAGACGAAAAAAUCGCUAGACGAAGAUACUCGCGGAACGGAUUAAUUUCGUCUUGCGAGGCACCACUGUACAGGUUUGAGAGACAUGGAGGACAGAUUAGAUUGCCUAUGUCAUAAUAAAGAAGGUAGGUAGGGGCUGAAGGGGGUGGGGAGCAGAAAAAGGAAGGUGGAAAAGGCAGCAGUCUCCUACCCAAGGCAAUUUCUCAUAGAUUUUAAUCUUUUGCCUUAAUUCAGCUUAGCAGUCCUGAGAGCAGCUUGACUCCACCACUUUCCACAAACUUGCAUUUGGAGAGUGAAUUGGAAGCACUGGGAAGUAUAGAAAACCAUGUUAAAACUGAACCAGCGGACUUGAGUGAAAGCUGCAAACAGUCUGGACACAGUCUUGUAAAUGGCAAGUCCCCAGUGCGUAGCCUCAUGCAUCGAUCAGCUAGAUCUGGAGGAGAAGGCAACAACAAAGAUGAAGAUCCCAAUGAAGACUGGUGUGCUGUGUGCCAAAAUGGAGGAGACCUGUUAUGUUGCGAAAAGUGCCCAAAAGUUUUCCACCUCACAUGUCAUGUACCCACUCUCCUCAGCUUCCCAAGGUAUGAAAACAUACAGGAACAUUGAGUUUGUCACAAUGAGUUAGCAGCAUCAGCUAUCUUCUGUCAGCCAACAGCAGGGAUGGGAAGCCUUUUUUCAGCCCUAGGGCUGUAUUCCUUCAUGGACAACCAUCCAGUAACUGCCUGUCGGGGUGGCAAAUUUGAGGAGGCUACAUUUGCCUCACUAGCAGCCAUGUUUGCUAUGCACCACAUGUUUGUGGCAUCUGGGCUGGGCCAAGCAGGCAUGAUUCUGGGUCUAGUAAGGAGGGCAAGUCUGAAGAGAUCUGUUUCUAGGUUUCAACAGGAGGUAGUGGUGGGAUCCACCUGGAUUGGGGUUGGAACCUGCCGGUAAAAGAGCAAGUCACUGCCUUUACCUACCUAUCAGCUCCUACCAGUUGGAGGCGUUUUGUAGGGCAACUGAUGGGCUGUGUAAUUUCUGGGGACAGAGGAAGGAUUGGCAGCACUUUUGUCCUCUGCACAUGGAUCAAGGCGAGGUUAAAUGCCAGUGUUAGACAAGGAUAGGAACCUGUUCACUCUAGAGCCUUUGGGCUCCAUGAAACUUUCCCAUUGACUUCAAUCCCUGAACAUGCCAGGACUUCCCAGUGCCUCUUUCCUAUUUCUUGAAGAUUUAUUGGUGGUGGAAGAAGGUAAUUCAUGCCUGGGAAAUGUGCAAACAGGACAACCAUAUAGGACCUGUGCAUAAUAUAAUUUAUUCUAGUUACAAAAAAUGAAUUUUCUACCUGUAGAUUUUUCAGUACACUAGUACAAAAAAAUGCCUGAAUUUCUGAACUAUAUUUUCCCCAUUUUUAGUGGAGACUGGAUAUGUACAUUUUGCCGUGAUCUUAGCAAACCCGAAGUGGAAUAUGACUGUGACAACUUGCAACAUAGUAAGAAGGGGAAAACUGCACAAGGUUUGAGUCCUGUGGACCAAAGGGUAGGUUACGGAUAAUACAUUUAUCUUAUUUUGGAACUGUUCUUAACUAAAUGCUCUUGGCUUUUCUUCUGCUGUGGUCUCUUGACUUAGUUUAAACUUACAUUUACAUGAGUAACUUUACUAUAUAUCUAUAUUUUAAUUAGUAAGUGGGUGCAUGUUGCUAUAGCAGGACUAGAAAUAAAUUAUUAUUGGAGAUGGUCCAGUUUUUAAAUGGCAGUUGCUUUUAAUAUUUAUGGCUAUAUUGGGGGUCUACUCUAAUUGAUUGAGCUUUCGCAUCAUGAACAAGAGAUCAGAAAUCAUCUAGACUACUAGACUCCAAAUAAUCCAGAUGACUAGAAUGGAUUGAAAAUGUGACAUUUUCACUUGGAGAAAAGGGUUUUUCCUAGAAUUGACUUUUGUUUUCAUGCUGAUUGAUUGAUUGAUUGAUUGAUUGAUUGAUUGAACAUACUGACUUCCUUCAGGGCAAAGCUUUCCUAUGAUGACUUACAAAAGAUCAUUACUUUCACGUGCAUAGGAUAAUUUAGCUUCAGUGCUCUUCCAAAUGAUUUAUAGUACAACCCUCUUGCAAUGCUUAUAGUCUGUGCCCCUCAUGAUCUUCCUUUUUUACCCUUUCACCUGUGAUCCAAAGAGCUGGCCUUUUCGACCAGUAUAGUUCCCACCUUGGCUUCAGCUCCCUCCUUAGAUGGCCCCCUUGUCUCAGUCUGUGAAACAUGUGCUCUAAUGAGGAAAAGAUUUGGGAAUUUUGAACACUUCCUUUUAGGAUUAGACUGUCUUUACUUUCUGUUUUCCAGAGCUGUUCACAUCUCUAUGAUAGGCAGUAAUUCAGCAUGUAAUGGAACCAUAGAAUUGUAGAGUUGGAAGGGACCCCAAUGGAGAUAGAAGCACAAUGAAGCUGUUGCUUCUGUCUCUCUCUGUAGGUUUCAGUAAUGGCAGUUGGUGGCUGCAGAGAGAGAUGCUCACAGCUGGUGCUGUAUCCUCUGGCUUUGGCAAUUUGUAGCAGUUAGAAUGCUUAUGGUUUGAUUUUCAUUGAUGCUAUAUUUCGAUAGCUGUUUUCAUGCUUUUUGUACCUUUUUUGUGGGGGGGGUAGAAAGGUAUAGAAAUUGUAAAAUAAGUAAAAUAAUCACUCUAUAAACAAUAAAUAGUCUUGCCACCUGUGACAAUUGCUUUUUUUCUAAAAGUUUUUGACAUCAGUGGUCUUGAACAACUGGUUUAGUUUUAUCCAUAGAAUUAACUAAAAUGGAAUUAGCAAAGUACAUUCUGAGAAGAGGAUGCAACAGAAGGUUAUGACACCUUCUCACAAGUGAAGGUGCAGUCUGUGAACCAGUUUCCCAUAAAAAAACAAAACCCCAGAGCCAAAACUAUCAAGGGGACUUUCUCUUAAGAAAGGCUUAAGCAGUUGAUUUUUUUUUAAACUUAAAGUUGGAUGCAUGUUGGGUUGAAAUAAACGACAGACGAAUAACAAGUGUCAUAUGGGAGGCAUCUCCCUAGCAUGUCUCGGGGAGUCCCUUUUAUUGAAUAUUACAGCAUUGCCACAUAUGUGCUUGUUGCUGAUUGGGUAACACAAAUACAAUGCAAGGGCAUUAAGCAUCAAUAGAUUAAAGGUUGGGAAAGGGAACACAUGGUUGGACAGGUAUGAAAACCUCCUUAUUAAACUAUUACUAGUGAUUGAUAUUGGAAAACUUAAAAGAGCAUAACAAUCGCAUUCCGUAGAUGUGGUCAACCAUGCAUUAAGAACAGGUCAGGGUCCGAUGUUUCAUGAACUCAAUGUGAACUAAACAUUCUAGGGUGGAUGAGGAAGGAAUGCUUCAGCUUAGAGCGGUUUGCCAGACUCAUGUGCAGAAGCAGAACUUCCCAUCAGAUGCAUGCAUGAUGAAGGUUUCUAAAAUUAUGACUAGAGGGAGAGGAAAAAAAUAGAGAAAUGAUUCACUCAAACCCAGAAUUUGAUGUCAUUGAAUGUCAUUGAUAAAUUUAAUGCAUUUAAUAACAUAAAACAAUGUGUGGUAGGUUCAGGAUGGGCAGAAUAUUUCAGGCAGUGCCUUAUAUGUUGCACUGGGUGUUGUGAAUAGCAUAUGCAACUUUUAGAAAGAAUUACAUUUUUUGGAUGAUAGAUCUGUUAGUGGCUCUUAGCUAGGAAGAAUGCUUCUACGUUCAGAGGCAGUAAAUAACCUGAGCACUAGUUUUGUGGAGGCGAAAAGGGUGGGUUGUCUACAUGGUGCUUGGAUUGUGUGCUUCCCUGAAGUAUCAGGCUGGUCAGGAGCUCAAGAGCUUGUUCUAAUGUAGUGGGCUCUUUUUGUUGCUCAGAAUAUAUUCUUCAUGCUGUAUCAAACUGCUGUCAAAACUUCCCGCAGCUCCAAAGGUUUUGGCAUGUAGUACUGCUGGUUCGGGAAAUAAAUCCAAAAGCCCCUUUGGCACAUGGGAUUAGUAGCCUUGUUCUUUGAAUCUUAACCACAGGCUACACUUGUUCCAGGUACAGUGGUGCCUCGCAAGACGAAAAGAAUCCGUUCCGCGAGUCUCUUCGUCUUGCGGGUUUUUUCGUCUUGCGAAGCAAGCCCAUUAGAGGUUUAGCGGCUUAGCGCUACAGUAUUAGUGGCUUAGCCGGCUUAAAGAUCAGCUGAUAAGCGGCUUAACGAGCAGCUGAUAAGCGGCUUAGCAUCAGCUGUUAAGCGGCUUAAAGAUCAGCUGAUAAGCGGCUUAGCAUCAGCUGUUAAGCGGCUUAAAGAUCGGCUGAUAAGCGGCUUAGCAUCAGCUGUUAAGCGGCUUAAAGAUCAGCUGAUAAGCGGCUUAGCCAUCAGCUGAUAAGCGGUUUAGGGGCUUGGGGAAAAGGGGGGGAAAAGGAAAAAAACCCCGCAGGAACUCGCAAGACAUUUUCGUCUUGCGAAGCAAGCACAUAGGAAAUUGCUUUAUGAGGCACCUCCAAAACGGAAAACCCUUUCGUCUAGCGGGUUUUCCGUCUUGCGAGGCAUUCGUCUUGCGGGGCACCACUGUAGUCUUGUUGAAGUUAGUGAGGCCACUGCAGAGUAGGAGGUUUAUUUGUUUCAGUUGUUGGGCUUAGAGAAUCCUUUAUAUACUUGAAUAUUCCACUGUAACUUAUACAUUAACUGAAAUGCUGCCUUUUGGAAUUACUUCUUUUGGAAGAUCUCUUGUAAACAGUUCAAUAGGUUUUAUUGCAAUCAAGUAAUAUAUAAAUUUUGUUACAUAAGCAAAUGAAUGGAUGAAUGAAUAUUUACUGUUUUUUUUCUCUCUGCAAGAAAUGUGAGCGCCUCCUGCUUUACUUGUAUUGCCACGAGCUGAGCAUUGAAUUCCAAGAGCCAGUCCCAGCCUCGGUGAGUGACUUAAUGCAUUUUACCAUGGAAAUGAUAGAAUGUGAAAUAACCAGCAAUUGACAGACAAAAUUGUCGUAAUGAAACUUGGACUAAAAUCAGUGUGAUUAUUAUUUUGUUGGCCAGUCUUUUGAGUAAUUUUAUCUGUUCACAAAGUCGUUUGGAUGAAGAUAGUUGACUGAACCAGAGAGCUCAUGAUGGUCAAUAUUUUUUUUUUUUUAUCACAAGUUUUCUCAGAAGAAAGAGAGAAUGAAUCUCUCUCUCUCUCUCUCUCUCUCUCUCUCUCUCUCUCUCUCUCUCGGAAUAUUUCACUGUUGCAUAAAUGAAAUACCACCACAUUGGAUAUACACUUUACUCUGACUUUUGUGACUCCCUCCAUCUUUUCUCAACAGAUACCAAAUUACUAUAAAAUAAUAAAGAAACCAAUGGAUUUAUCUACAGUGAAGAAGAAACUGCAGAAGAAACAUUCCCAGCACUACCAGACACCUGAAGAUUUUGUGGCAGAUGUUCGGCUGAUCUUCAAGAACUGUGAAAGGUUUAAUGAAGUAUGUUAACUUCCAACCUGCAGAAUCAUUCUGGUUAAUAUGCGAAGCUCAUUUCACGUUGCACCUUUUCCACGUAGACUUUAGUUACAACUGCUGUAGGAGUUCUAGACUUGUGGUUCAUUUAUGUAGGGCUCCCACUCUAUAGGUUGUAUGUUUACAUGGUUGGGCACAGAACUGAGUCUUGAGCUCUUCCCCAAUUGUGCACAGAACAUUUACUGUGAAUGGGUUCAAAGCAUAUAAAUGCCUAUUCAUGUGAUCUGUCAACCUACCGUAUAGUAGACAGAUUACAGAUUGGUGCUUACUUGCAUAUUAAUGUAUGCAUAUAGGCUUUUUUUCACAGUUUUAAGUUUUGGAUAGCCCACUCACGUACAGUCUACUCUGUGAUCUGUAGACAAUUCCUUGGCUUCUCAUAUUUUCAGAUUUCAUGUUAGUGAAAUUGGUAUUUGGAUGGCUCAAAUCAUGUCUGGAAGAGACUAAUAUCUGUGUAUUGUCUAAAUAUAUUGCAAGUUUUGAUUGAAGAUUGCUUGUGUUUUCUGUAGAGCAAACCUUCCUAUGCUGGCACAUUAUUGCCUGAACUGAGCAGACCCAAAUGAUAAAACUAUCCCAGACAAGUUCCUUGUGGGAAUCACUUAACGGGAUAACUGCAAAGCUUUAAAAGCAGUGGAAAACAAAACAAGCCAUUACAACUAGAAGUAAUCUUACUUAUAAAUUAAAUCAAUUAUAUCCACUUAUAUAUUAUAUCCACAUAAAUUAUUUGUUUCAUUAAAACAUAAACUCUUGUAAGUGAACUGUAAACAGUUUGGGGAAGUGGUGGUACAGAGCAAAUAAACCUUAAAUAAAAGUGUGAAAGGUUUAGACAUUCAUGGUUAGCCAUUGAUCAGCCAACAUAGCUGGAUGGAGCUUCCAUGUUUAGGAACAGUAUAUUUUUGAAUACUAAAGUCUGAGGAUAUGCAGCCGAGGAGUGCUGUUGCCUCCAUGCCUUAUUUACUUGCACCUUAAAACAUCUGACUAGCUAUUCUUAGGACCAGAUACGGACUAGAUGGAUCAUUUGUCUGAUCCUGCAGUGCUGUUCUAAACCUCUCUCAGAUAUUUUUACACACAAAACCAAAUUAGCUUGGGAAGACCCUUCAUCUUACAAGGUAGUCUGCUGGGCUUCAUUAUUUGUUGAGCUGCCAGCUGAUAACAUGACUUGAGUGCCCAUUUUACUGUUGCAUGUCAGUUCAAAAAAUCCAUUAAUACAAUAUAAAUAAUACAAAACGUCUAUGAUUGUGCAUGUCUGGAAUGUGGCAUUUCAUAGAUGGUACUUUCUAAAGUACUCUCAGACUGAAGCAUAAAGUUGUUACACACACAUCCUACAAAAAUGUGACUUAUAAACUACAUAAUGGGGUAAUUCAUAAAAUAAUAUAAAAAUAAUAAAACAAUGGAUAGGGAAGUACUUAAUAUGGACAUGAGAGGUCAUUUUGGCAUAGGAAGACAUUUAAAGAUGCCUACCUGCCUGUGCAAUAGAAAUUCACUUGUGCAAGAAGACUUCUGUUUUCUCUUAUGCCCAACCUUCCAGAGCAGGAAAGCAGAGGCUGUAAGCGGUGAGGAAAGGAAGGAGAAGCCUAGUUGUGUGAGCAGAUAUCUCUACUCAUGCUAAGUUGGAUGUCACCCAUAGUUUCGACACUUAAAACUAAUCCUUAAAAAACUAAAUUUAGAAACUUCUGUGAUGUGUGACCAUACACUGUUUGUGGACAUGCAGGGAAUGAGACAGAUCUUGAUGGUGUUCUACAGUUUAUAAUUUCACUUGUUUCAUGUGCAUUCAAGUAGCCUGUGCUUUCUAUUUCAAGACAUAAGAACAAUAAAAGUGUAAAGCCAAAAAGGGUAUGAGACUUCUUGAAACCAUUUGGGAAUUGACCUUUUUAACUGAACUAAACAAGUGAGGUGGAAGAGCUGUGUGUCUCAGAGCAUACUGAUGUUAAGGAAUAGUUGAAUCAUUUGCUAUGGAAGGAAAAUGCUUCAGCUCCUAAGGGUGAAUAGUUACAGCUACAGUAGGAAACUAUGGCAAUGAAGGAUGUCUGCCUCUGUUAUUGCGGCAAUAUGAUCUCAGAUGUUCAGGACUACUUUCUGUGUGUGGUUACAUUUUGUUUAUCAAAGUGGACAGAACCCAGCAGAAAAAUAUUGCAUCACUUAGGCCAUUUUUAAGGAGAAAUUUUCAGGCACUUGGAUGAAAGAGAUGACUGCCGAACUUCCACAUCGCAGCUCUCACAUCAGUUUGCUGAAUAAAUUUUCUGUGAGUCAAACAAUACUGGUCGUCUGUGCUUGGUAUCAGUUUCUGCAGUAACAUAACUUGCUUAGGAUUUGUGUACUGCAAAUGCAGUAACACCUCAUGAAGAGAGUCACCUCUACAUCACUGAAUUUUAAAAAUAAAUUGGUAUGGUUGACUUUAGUCAUGCAAUCCUGUGCGGUCUCAUGACUUUAGAAGGGAUUAUAAUUUCCUUUUUUUUGACUCUGGUAUCCUUUUUAGAUGAUGAAAGUUGUUCAAGUUUAUGCAGAAACACAAGAAAUUAAUUUUAAGGUAAGCGUUUCAGACCAUGCUCACUUGCUGAAGGGAUGUGCAUUAUCAAUGGGUGAUGUGUUACUAUCUUUUUACUUUUCAGGGUGAUUCAGAAGUAGCACAGGCAGGCAAGGCAGUUGCGUUAUACUUUGAAGAUAAACUUACAGAGAUCUACCCAGACAGGACCUUCCAGCCUUUACCUGAAUUUGAGCAAGAAGAGGACGAUGCUGAAAUAACAGAUGACUCCGAUGAAGAUUUUAUACAGCCGCGUAGAAAACGUCUAAAAUCGGAUGAGAGACCGGUGCAUAUAAAGUAACCUGAUUAAAACGGACCUAAACUAUUGUAAAAAGAGAAACAUAUUUAAGUGUUCCUGGAAUAUUAUCUUGCCUUCAGUGGCCAUCUUAUUGAAGCUGAUAGUGUUCAGACAGUAUUAGAAUACAAAAAGCAUUUGUACAGAAACAUACUUGUCAAAAAGGGGGGGAAAGCUUUCAACUUCUGUUCCGGUUUUUUUGUUUUUAGUGUUUGAAUUUUCAUUUUACACUUGAGAAUACUUCCUCAUUUCUCAGAUUUGUGUGUGGGAUGAAUGUUGAUAAAGAAGCGAGUUUUAUAUCACAACAUUUGUAUGAACAGUGAACUCUUGUCACUACUUAGUAACCAUUUUUGAAAGACUGGACCAAGGCAGUCAUGUUUGCUUCCAUGCUAGGCAGCAGUUUAAACUGCAAGAAACCUUCCUCAAGAUCCUCUUCAUGCAACCCUAGGUGUGAAUUGGAUUGUUUUUAUUCAUCGUCUCAUCUAAGUGGUAUUGCGAGUAUCAUAUUCUGCGUUGGGUCAAAUAGCUGGGUUCUUUCUUUUAACUGACUGUGUAUAGAAGUAUCGUGACUUGAUCAUUAAAACAUUUUGAAUUGGAGAAUGCAGGAGUGCAAGUUCUUCAUAUGUGCUUCAUUAAGUAUGGUUGCAGUUAAUGCUUUUCGUGGUCUUGAGUGGAAGUCCUAUGCACAGAAUACUUAAGUGAGUAUCCUCUUGGAGUUUAUUAAUCCUAUUUUUCUUCCCUUGAAAGGCAGGAUGUUGGCUGCAAUACUGGUUAUAUAGAUCCUAAUAAUAUCAGAAUUAGACCAUGAAGUUAAUAGUUGGUGACUGUCCAGUCUUCCCUAAUAUCAGUUUCUGAUAGACCACUAUCAGCAAACAGUAACUUUGUCAACUACCAAAUGUGUAAAAUUUUCUGUAUUCACUCUGUCUUAUUUGUAAAUAGUGGUAUUGUAAAUCCUUUCAGACAGCAACAUUUGCUAGUCUGUUUUUAAGCUAAUAUGUAUUCUUACUAAUGUUCCUAAUCAAGAACAGAUUUGUAAUAUGUUGUUUAUUUCUAAAACCGAGUUCAUAGUUUGACGUUCUUUUAUUAUUCCGUUAGAGCUACUCAAGAGUUUUCUUCAGAAGCAGCUUAAAUGACAUGUGGAAGAAAAGAGUCUAUUGAGACAGAGUUAGUUGUUCACCCUUAAAACAGAAAAUUUGCAUGGACCAGUGUAUCAGACAAGUGAUUUCUGGGUAGGUGAUGAAAAUGGACCAGCCCCAAUUAUGGUAAUCUGCAUGUAAGCAAGCUCUUCAGUUCUGCCUCAGUGGAAACACCGAGAGCAGAAAUAUUGCUGUGUUAUUGUAAUCUGAUGUCGAACAGGUAAAAUUCCCUAUCUGGUCUGUAUUGAACAGCACCAGAGGAUACAUUUUCAUGCUCUUGUACCGAGCCGUACUCAGGUGAUCUUGUGCCCCUGGCAGAACCGUCCAGAUUGUGCUCCCUAGCCACGAACAAAUUAGCUCUUCUUUCUGCCUCUCCUCCAACCCCAACCCCACACCCAUUCUUUUUUAUAAUGAGUUCUUAUUGAAGGAGGACACCAAGAUGGGGAAGGCCGACCUAGAUGACGGUAUAUAGCCAUCUCCCUACUUACGCACAGGUUAUGUUCCGGGCCCCUGCCUGCAUAAGUGAAAUCACACACCUGCAUAAGUGAAAUGGAAGGUCAACUGUAACAGUAGAAGCGAGUCCUAGGAUGAUGUCUUUUCCAUGCAUCGAGGGUAACAUUGAAACUGGGCUGUCAUGUUUUUCAGUACAUAGGGUCACUUACCACAGACACACACAGCACAAAAAAUUAAAAGAAAAUCUGGGAACAGAAUCAUGUAGCAAGGAAGUUCUUAUGUGGAAAAAACCGGCACAGAUGGGCUUGAAUGUUACCACCUAUGCUCAGUUGAAGUGAUAAUAUGUAAAAAGUGAGAGCUUGUUCCAUCUGUUAAUGUGUUGACUUUCUCACAAGCUCCCACAAGUUUAUUAGAUGCGCUUUUAACUGACAUUUUGGUAAAACCGCUGCAUGUCAGUAAGGCAGUAUAGACCAAAGUGCUUAAUAACAUACACUGUAUUUUCUAGCGCCCCAAUUUGCAAUGGAAUAUGCACCAUGAAUCUUAAAAUUUAUGUAUUUUGUAGUUUCCAUGGGAUCUAUAUUUUCCCUGUACUUUGAAGAACAUUUUGACAACCUGGCUUUUCAUAUUACCUGAAAGCUGCAAUUUUGUCAGCAUACUUUCUUUUCAGAUCUCUUAGGCUAAUCACCCAUAUUUCCAUGCUACAUGUAAAAGUAGAAUACCUGUUCUUUUGAGGAAUGUAACUAAACUAUAUACAGGAACCUGCUUUGCUGGUGGCAUUUGGCAAUCAUUUGACUUUUUUGCAGUCUUGCUACUUUGCAAAGUUCAGUGCAGGUAGAGAAUGGUAGUGUUCUGCAGUUGUAAGGAUUUAUUUUAUACAAAAGAAUGAAUACAUAGCUUUUUUCAUACAUGUUGGUUUUGGGGUUGCUCUUUCCCUUUGAUUAUCUGCUUGGAAUGUAGUAGAUCAGAAAGUUCUACACAAAUUUUACAAAUCACUAGGAUGUAUUCCUGAAGGAUGUAGGAAGUAGACAAAUACGUUUCGUGCCCCAUUUUUAGAUUGUGUACUUUUCUUAGUGUUCGCAAGAUUUGUUCAGCCAGAGUAAAUUUCCUGUCACCUUGUAUGUUUAAUGUGCAUUCAAGAUCAACCUGCAUUUGGCAGUCCAUGGAUGUUUGUGCAAUAACUGAGCUAUACUGGGAUUGAGAACACACUUUUGUAUCUGGUUUGAAAUGGAUAGUGGAGCUUCCCUUGCAUGUGAUAUGGAUUUACCUUGCUGCAUAAUUACAAUAUAACUUAAGUGUAUUAUGGUUCCAGAUGGUCCCAAGAUACUCUUGUCACUUAAUUUGACUCUUGCGCUCUGAUUUUAAAUGUUCCUGUAAAAUAAUAAUAAUAAUUCAAAUCUCUCCUGUUGGUUGUAUAUGUUCUGAAAGUUUAAGUUAAUCCAAAGAAGAAAAAAGGCAGUUUGCUUUGAAACAGGAAGGACGACAAGUAUGCAGCGUGCUGACUGUGGACUUCUCAAUUACCUCAGCAGGUCCCCUGCCAUGUAAUUACUAGUAAUUAGUGUUAGUUUAACCAGCUAAGUAUGUUCAGGUCUUACUUAACUGUGCCCUGGAAUUAAGUGUCCUACCAUAUACUAUUAAGGCUGAAUUACUAUCCAAAAAAGGGUGUUUCCCCGCGCUAGCUUUUAAAAGUAGAAAUGCUGUUAAAUGUAGAUAGCCUUUUUUUUCAUGUGAAAAGAUUCCCAUUAAUACUGCUUGAUGUGGCAUUGACUGUCGGCAUACUGAGCACUGGAUAGAUAAGUGGAAUGUUUUAUAAACAUUUCUGCAAGCCACUGCAACCAACCAAUAUUUUUUAACAAAUCACCCCAAUUUGCCGUUCUGUUGUAUAACUUAGUUUCCUUCGCCAGUCCUAUUGAAGUGUAGGUAAUGGCAACAGUAUGUUGAAGUUGAGUAUGUAAUGUACUGGUUGUAGGCUUCUUCUUUUUUCCGUUUUUUCCUCCUUUUCCUAGGAAAAAGCAAUAAGACUGCUUUGUCUGUUGCCUCUUUAGCAUGGCAGGAAUCCUUUUCCUUUGGGUAGUGGUUUUAUAGGAGAGUUUGUAUGUGUAUCACCCAAGUCUAGCUUUUAAAAAAAUAAUAAAGUGUGCAGUUAAUAGUGUGGCAUUUUAUUUUAAAAAUUGGGGAAAAGUUAACAUAUUUUUUUAAAAAGUAGGUGUUUGAGUAAAUAACGGAGGUACUUUUUUAAAAACUUUAUAUGCCACAAUUUAAAUAGACAUAUUUCAGACUAAUGCAUAAGACUUGUGAUGUCAGAUAUGGCCAUCACUUUUCCUUUCCAAAGUUGCACGUGCAGUAACUCCAUCCAUUGUAGCUUUUGUGGUUUUUGCCUAUUUGCCCCUCUCUCUUCUUUUAAAACGUGUCUGAAUCAAAAUAGCCUUGAUAAAUCGCUGUUUUGGUUCUUAACUUAGUAACUGAUUUACAAUUUAAAAAUGCAGUUUGCCCCUUUCUAUUUGAGUACCUUUAAAGCUGAGGAGCUGCUGCUUUCUUUUGACAUGAUUUGUGACUUUGUACAAAGAAAUGCAAACAUAGACCUCUCAUUCCCCUUAGUGUGAAAAUAAAUUUCAAAAUGGAAGGUGAUGCAUGUUUGUAAAAGGCCUGCAGAUGUGGGCAUUUCUUCAGUUCAAAAUACCAUUAAAGAUGUAUAUAACAGGUCUGUAAAGAUUUGUGCAAUUGAAAGCCUGUUUUAAUUUUAUAUGUAAACCUACAAAUCAAAGGGUUCCAUUCCCAAUAUUAUUUCUGGUAAUUAAAACUGGUACUUUUUGCACAUAGUUAACUUUACUGAUUCUUCAAAAAAGUGCUGUUUCUGUGGUAAUGUAUUCUCUGAAUAAUAUUUAAUUUUUUAAAAACAAGUUAACGUUUCUAAUUGUUCAGUUCCUGUGUUCUUUGGCUGGUGUGUAAUAAAGGCAUUUUUCCCCUUUACAUGAUUAUUUAAUACAUUUAGCAGCCUGUAAAUAUUUCUUGUUAAAUGCUCUGGAAUGUGGUGUAGCAGUUGUACUUAGAACAGUUUUAAAAAGAAUUGUUUUGAAAACCACUUUGUUUUGGUUAUUUCUAUUAAAUUAGAAAAGGAAGAAUCUUUC